UUUUUUUUUUUCCCUUCGCCUCCUCGCUGCCGCUGUUGACUGAUGUUCUGAGGGGAGAAGCGGCGGCGGCUGGUCCUUCUUCUUCCCGCUUUCCUCUCUCGCCCCGCUUCCCCAUCCUUCCCGGGCCGGCCCCGGAGUUGCGGGGCGGGGGGUGGGUCGGGGGUCGGGGGGGAGAGCGAGCUUCCUUCGCCAUGACCACCAGCACCACCGGCUCCACGCUGCUGCAGCCGCUCAGCAACGCCGUUCGGCUGCCCAUAGACCAGGUGAGGAUCGGCGGCGGCUGCGGCUGCAGGAGCAGCAAAGAGCAGCCGCCCUCCUGCUUUUAGAGGGAAUGAGAAUAGGAUGUAGUUCCUCCCUCCCCACCCCCCAUCUUAUCCCUUCCCCAUUUUUCUGUGUUUCCGAGCUUGCAUUCCUCCCCCUUUGCAACCCCACCCCACAUUGCCCACCCGAAAGUAGCAGAUUCCCGCCCCCAUGCGUUUCUGCAUCUACUGCCUAUCUUGCAUCUCUUUUUCCCUCUCUGUUCAGUGCUGUAUAUUGUGCGCAAAAAAAGGAGGAAUCUGGAGAGGGUGUGUGUGUGUUGGGGUGAUUAUGCAUCUGCACACAUCCACCCUUUUGUAUGUGCCAUCAUGUUCUUAGGGUGUGUUAUGUGUGGUUGCUUUUGCCUACCGUUUAGACAGCCGCCUCUUUUAAGCCUCUGCAUUGGCAAAAUUCUGUUGCUGAAUAAUAAUAAUAAUAAUUAUUAUUAUUAUUAUUAAGCGGGUGUUUUAACUAUCUCAAGGUCGUAUUGUAUUUUUUUUUAAUCAUUGGGGAAAACAACGUUUUGGUUACAGGUGCUAUAGGGAAGAGUGAUAAGCUUAUUGAUGUGCACAAACUGCUACUUUCCAAACCGUGAUCGAUAAGCGUUUAAAUCACAGUUAUUUCCCCAAAAGCAGCGUUGUUAGAAAUGUACUUUGUGUACAACCCAGAGACUUUAAAAUAGGAAACUGGGAACCAGAAGCCUUGAGCUAUUUUGUUGGCUGUGGGGGAAGUCCUGGCUCUAAUAAAACCUGUGGCAAAAUUCCCAUUUGACCUCCUUGGGGGGCAGAAUUUCAUCUGUUUCAGUUUGGCCUUGGGAGAAACAGCAGAGCGGAAUCUUCCUUUUCCUUGUGCUGAGAGAGGGACUUGUGGGGCGCCAGACAUUGGGAAGCUUUAACGAUUUGCAGUUAAUGGGUGCUGUGUGCUGUAGUUGAAUGCCGAGUAUUUAUUUCAUGAGUCUGCAUAAAGGCAAUGCAUUGUAAUAUUUACACAGAAGCAAUACAUGUGAUAGUAUGUGUAUACUGAUUUUCCCUUUCAGAAAAGCUGAAAAUGCUAGGUGAUGGCAAAGUUCGUAAACAUUGCACAUUACCUGUACUAAAGAAGAGUGCAUGUCAUUGGGGGAACUGAAGCACACAAAUCAAUUUACUUGACUUGUAUAUCCAGGGAGGGGGAGGGGAGAGAUGUGGAACUACAGUUCUCAAGUUCAAUCUGUGGGCGGUCCAGUGAAUACCUUUACUUGUAUUUGGUCACGCUGAUACUUCUAAUCUCAUAGUGAGUAAACGAUGGGUGUGAAAAUGUAUCUUCUCAUUAAAAAAACACCCUUUAUGUACCCCACAGUUUAAAAAAAUGACUUGAGGCAGACUGUUCAGAUGUGUUUUUAGUAAGAGAGAAAUGGAAAAUUACUCUUGUGCUGUGGUGAAGAAAGCUCUACCCGUACAAAGGAUACAUUUACAAAAUAAUUGGUAGUACUUUCUGAAAAGUAGAAAAAGAGCAGUAGUAGUUUGGAAAAACCCGAAAACUUUUUGUAAUAUCUUCUGAGCAGAGCUGAAAAUUUCUGUGUUUAGGGUAUCUGACAAUAAACAAAACUAAAAGAAACUGUCAAAGCUGAAUCAGGGGCUGAAUGCAAGGUUGUCGGACGGACCAUAGACUUUGUAUGCCUUAACAUUUGAAUCCUGAUAGUUUGAGAGUAUGUGCUCCCAGGUACAUGAUGCAAUAUGAUUCUGUUUUAUGGACGAAUGUAGGUUUUGCUGACAAAGGUUACAAUCUGGUCAAAGUUAAGGCCUUUAAGACCCAUUGAUUUCAUUGGAGGAGAACUUUCUACUGAAAUCAGUGGCACCAAAAUGUGCUUAAUGUUGCCUGGAGUGAAUUAAUUAUGUGCUUCAUUCUUAUAUUAGGACAGGGAUCAACUUUCGCUGUGCCGCAUCUGCUAGGUUUCAUCUACGUUUUUGCUAAUACUGUUGGUAUUUUAGCAGUUGAGUAUAACGUCACGUCAACCAUUCCACACUUUUAUGAAAUAUGUUCACCGUGGGCUUACUAGUGCUACAGUAGAGUUGCUGCACCAAGGUGUGAGUAUGAAUGGAAAGUCCCUGGUUCACUGCAUUUCUCUAAAAUGUGUUCACUGAGUGCUUGGAGGCAUGUCUGCUGUUCAUAUUUAUUAAGUUGCAUUAUAGCAAACACCUUUGGCCAACGUAAUUGCUGUGAAAAAGUGGAUAGUGUUCAGUCUCAAAAAUUCCCAGAAGCAGGGAAGACUGAGUUGGUAAUUUGCGACACAGAUACACCUCUAUACAAAAUGUGUGGUACAUUUAAAAAACCUCCUAUUUGAUUAUGCAGCAUAUUUUGUGGGUACAGUGUUCUGUACCCAAGGCAGUGGGCAUGCCACCUUUAAAUUCUGAGAUGAGUAUUUGCAAGCCUAUUACAACUUUUUAAAGUUUUAAAUAUUCUUUUGAUAAAUAUGAAGAAGAACCCUGCUCAAUCAUUCAAAAAAGGUCAGACUAAUCCAGUACAGCGGUACCUUGGUUUAAGAACAGCUUAGUUUAUGAACAACUUGGAUUAAGAAAGCUGCAAACCCAGAAGUAGGUGUUUUGGUUUGUGAACUUUGCCUUGGAAGCAGAACAUGUUCCACUUCCUAUUUAUUCAGUGUGUUCCAUUUGUAAAUUGAGUCCCCCACUGCUAUGAUGAAAAAAAAAGCCUUGGUUUAAGAAUGCUUUGGUUUAAGAAUGGACUUCCGGAACGGAUUAAGUUCAUAAACCAAGGUACCACUGUAUCCUGUUCUCAUAGUGGCCAACCUGCUAGCAGGACGUGAACACAACAGUACUGUUUUCACUUGGGAUUCCCAGCAACUGGUAUUUAGAGACAUACAGCCUCAGACAGUGGAGGCAGAACAUAGUUAUCAUAGCUGGUUGCCAUCGAUCGCCUUAUUCUUUAUGAAUUUAUCUAAUCCUCUUUUAAUGCCACCCCAUUGGUGGACAUCGCUAUACUUUGUAAAAGUGAGUUCCAUAGUAUAUAGCAGGCUUCCUCAAACUUGGCCCUCCAGAUGUUUUGAGACUGCAUUUCCCAUCAUCCCUGACCACUGGUCCUGGUAGACCAGACACAGUCUCUCAGCCUAACCUACCUCACAGGGUUGUUGUUAGGGUAAGAUGAUGGGAGAGAAAAACGGCCAUACAUACGACUUUGAAUGCCUUGGCGGAAAGGUGGGAUACAAAUGCGAUAAAAAUUAAUAUGUGCAGCUUCCACCAUCCCCAGUUAGCACAAUCAUGAAGGCCAGAACAUGUCCAAAAACAUCUGGAGGCACCAGGGUGGGGAAGGCAGGUUUGGACUGAAGACUGUUUAUAGGAAACAAGCUUACUUUUCAUGGUACUGUUAUAAGAACGUCUUCAGAAGAGAAAACCUAACAGAUCUUGGGCUGAAUACUGUGCACUGACAAUUUGUCAGUGCAAGAAUAAAAGCAGACAUGGGCUUAGGACAGUUUGGUGUUCCGUAUGAAAUAGUAAGAUGUCAUCAUUUCAUAUUGUAUCCUGAAGUUUUGGGGACUAGUCAGUCUUCCCCUGUCCUUCAUGCCUUCCAGUUUGCAUGCUCCAUCUGGGUCCAUUUCUUUUCCCUUCAUUGUUUCAGUUUGUUUAGGGCCCUUUACUAGUAUCUCUUGCUCCCCUGUAGGACAAGCCUUGCCAUAAAACCUUUCUGCCUUGUAGGUCGAUGAGCAAGCAUAACCCAUAUUUCACAUUCCUGACACCAGGUUGUCAUGAUUUCAGUUUGUUCAUCUCUUAUGUCCAUUGCAUGCCAGCCCUUGCUUCAGUUAUAGGUUGGAUUUUUCGUGUUUUCCUCCCUCCCUCUUGUUCCUUGGCUACAGCAGCAUGUGCACCAGCAUAGUAGGGACUGAAGGAGCACACUAUUUUGUUGCAACAGAAGAUAAUGGCCUUUUUCCAAGUGUUACUAAUUUUUUGGUAUUCAAGCCAGUUGUGAGUUACAAAGUAAGACAGGUUUUUCUACAGGUUGAUUUAUGUGUAGGCACAAUUGCAGUAUUCAAAGAGGCAAGAAGGAUGUGUUUUGCAUUUUUUGUUUGUUAUAGUUCUGCAAUUGUAUGGAAAUCGAGUGUGUAUUUGUAUGUAUACGUGGAACGAACCACACUAAUGCACAGAGUGUAGUCAGGUAAUCAUGAACAAGGGUUGGGUGUGGCAAAGAGCAAUGAGAAAUUGGCUCCUUAUGUGCUAAUCAAAAAGAGAAGCUUUGGCGUCUGUGAUAUAAAGUGAAGUAACUUUUCCUCUCCAUGUGUUGAAAAAGAAUAUCUGGCUCAGUUCAGAGGAGAAACACCGUUUUCCUUCUCUCCUGCUUGCAGAUUGUAGUUUGCAAUUUAGGGCUAAUUGUAGUUUGCUAUGACAUACAAAUUGGCCAAUCACGUUUAGUGCCUCAACUUCAAAAUGGUUUCGAAAAACAUGGUUUGAAGUGGAUUUUUUUCUUCUGGUUUCUGAGAUUGUGAGAAGGCACAAGGUUGUGACUCAUUUCUUAUUCAAACCAUAUUUUGGAGCUAUGCAUGUGUGUUGUAUAGUAUGACCAGGGAUGUAGAUGUGGACAAGAUUGUAGGGGCCUGUUCCCUUCCUUGAAUUUUUAACUUUUCAUUAAAAAGUAAAUCAUGAACCCUCUUGGUUGUGAAGCUAUAAGGAAGAAAAAGUGCAGGUUCAAUUUCUCAGGAAGAGGUAAACCUGCUUCUGCUUUUUAGCAUUAAAAAGGCACUUAUUUUUCAAUAUUAUUAUUUUUUCCAAUAUUAUUACUUUUUCAAUAUUAUUACUUUUUCAAUAUUAUUAAUUAAAUUUUAAAGUAUUUAUCUAGGCUCUUAGUGCAAAACAUCCGCUGUUAAUUCCCCAACAAUUUUUUUUGCUACAGGCUUCAGUGUUUAGAAUACUAUGAUGGGCAGGAAUCAGGAAGAAUAUUGGGAGAAGGGGUCGGUUUGAUGGUACACUUUUGGUGCUUUAUAACAAGUUUGAUAUCAUAUCAUGCACUGUGUUGGGCAGAGUCCCAUGUUCACAUUCCUAUGAAAUCAUGGACUUGGGAAAUAUCUCUACCUCAGGACAGUGGGAAUGAUAGUACUUUUCUGCAUCUAGAUAAGUGAGGAUCAACAGAAUAAAUAUGAUAAAUCGCGUUGUAGACUUGGAAUUAUAAAAAAAAAUUAUUUUUUAAUUUCCAACACCUUUGCUGCUGGUUAGUUGCAUUGUUGGGAAACUGGCAUAAAGCUGCUUUAUUUUAAUUUAUGUAGAGUUGGGUUUUCUGAAUUCCUAUCUCUUUAAUUUGUAUAGCACAUUGUGAAAAAAGGGAUCAUGUUCGAGAAAAAAGGGAUCAUGUUGCACAUGAAUUUGUUCCUUGCUCUUCAGCAAAAAAAGAAAAGAAAAAAAAACUGCUAGCACGGCAUAAGAAUUGCAAUAAGAACGUUUCAGAUUUACAGCCUGAAAUACUGGUAACUGACACAAAAGGAAAAGGGAUUGGGAAUGGAGGAGGAAAAAAGUAAAGCUAGGCAGUAUUUCUUUGUUACCUUAUCGUUGUUGAAUGGCUUAUCUUGUCAGUUGACAAUUGAGAUCCUUCCCGUCUAGUCUUCAGAGUUAUCUCUGCCAGAAUUCAUUAUCUGCCACUAUUCAUUUUGACUUGUCAUUAGAUCUUUUCUGCUUGCACCAAGGGCCUUUGGGCCCCUUGUUUUGCCCUUGUUUAGUCUGACCCUGGUGACUGUGGAAGACAAGAAUCUGUUUUAACACUGCUGCUUUUCUGUUGCCAUAGAAAUGGGCAGCUGUGAUAGAAAAGAGGUGCUGUACAGCCUCUUGGCUAUUGGAGAGGGAAAGCUGCCAUGGUAGAUUCAAGAGACCAGGGCAAAGUAGAGAACGAUCUAAAUCUUCUUCCCCAUCAGCAAAUUGCUCUGAAUUGUGGAGACAAGAGAGAGGUUCUAAGUCAGGAGUUUCAGCGGCUGGGAAUGGGGGAAAAUCAAGUGCAACAUGAUUACUGGUGGGAUAUUUUCUGUAUGGAAUGAAUUUUUUGUAUAGCCAAAGGCUUGAGCCUUUGCUGUUGUAAUGAAAUGGCUUGAUGCAAAGCAGCAGCUAGUUUAUAAAUGUAGAUGGCAAAUUAUGGGUUGCAAAUUGGAUAUUUUUACAGAUUGUCUGGAAACAGAUUUUGUCUGCUGACCAAGUGCACAUGAAAAUUCCAUGACUUUUUGUCUAUGCCCAAAUGGCAACUUGUCAUACAGCGUCUAAACCAGAAGAAGAGUCGGAAAAUUUAGUUCAAGAAAGUGGUUUCAGGUCUGGUGAUUUCACUUGUAUACAUGUUAUUUGCCCUGACAAUGUCAUGCCAAACCAUGGUUUAGUGUAGCGUGCCCAAGGGGAAAUGAGCCACAGAAAACUACAAGCUUGCAUGCUCCCCACCUCUCUUUUUCUCCUCUUUCACCUGUGUGUUUGAUUACUCAUGGCUUGUCAUGUUGCCUGGCAGGACAAACUCUGGUUAGUGUUAACUCUGGUUAGUUUAAAACAAGCUAGCUUCAAAUCAUGGUUUCGGAAGCUGGCUUGUUUAAGCUAACUAUUGCUAACCCUGGUUCUGGGUGUGGCCAACAUGGCAAGCUGCACUUAACCAGGCACGUAAGAAGUGGAGGUGGGGAGUCUUCAAGCCCAAGGCUCGCUGUAGCUUGAUCCUGCGAGUGCAUGUCAUGUUAAAGCAUGUGUAAACUACAGCCACUGUGUGUGUGUGUGUGUGUGUGUGUGUGUGCGUGUGCGCGCGCGCGCAGCAGCGCAAUCACUGGUUAAUCUUAGGGUCCCAGGCUCACUGAAUGAGCAUAUUUGAUUCUCCAGAAAUCCUCUUGGGAUAUAUUCUAGUUUUCAGUGAUCCUAAGCUUUAUUUAAAGUGAUAUCUUCAACUAUACUCUUGUGAGAGAAAGUGUUAGGAUACAAAUUUGAAAAAUUCCAGCCCUCUUACCCUUCUAAAAUUGGCACUUUGUUGGAGUCUGUAGCAGCAAUGUAACUACUGAUCCAUAUGUCUUAACUGUAGGACCAGACUUUGGUGCCUCUCACUACUUUGGAAGGCAGCAAUUCUUCAAAUGCUACUAAUGCUUUAAUUUAUAUCGUGCCAAAGAAAGCAAGGAACGGGGUGGAAAAUUUGCCUUGUGUGAGCUUUGGCUGGCGAUGGACAAUCAGAGUUUCAAAAGAAGCUUACCUGGGCCAGGUAUGCACACAUUUUUGUCUCUCACUUGACUCUCACCAUACAGCUUUUUUGAACAAGACCAAACCCAAGGAAGUUUACUGUUGACUUCAGUUUAGGAGGGCUCUUGGGCAAGAGUUUGGAUUUGGAUUUUGGAUUUGAUAUCAUGCUUUAUCACUACCCGAAGGAGUCUCAAAGCGGCUCACAAUCUCCUUUCCCUUCCGCCCCCACAACAAACUCUCUGUGAGGUGAGUGAGGCUGAGAGACUUCACAGAAGUGUGACUAGCCCAAGGUCACCCAGCAGCUGCAUGUGGAGGAGCGGGGAAGCGAACCCGGUUCACCAGAUAACGAGUCCACUGCUCUUAACCACUACACCACACUGGCUCUCCCCAAUAGCCUCCCUUCCCUCAAUGAGACUGUCCCCUCACUGCCUUUGCUGGAGUGGCUGCUCCUCUUCUGCCACCUCAUUACUAUCACCAGUCUUCAAAAUUAGUCAGGCACAUUUUGCAUCGGGCUAUCAACCAGCCAAGUGAAGAUGCCUGGGUACCAGGAUGGCGCCUGUCAUCUCUACCAUCUGGAGGUGCGUGACUGAAGAUCAUUGAAUCUUGACAGUUUUCACACAGUAAUACAACAUCCCUGUAGAAUUCUAUCAGAUAUAUUUUUAUCUGCACAAUCAGAAUGAAUUUCAGGAACCCAAAUGCUUUUUCUGUGCAGCCUGAGCCAGGAGCAGUGAUCAACGUUAUAGUUACUUGUUGUAGCUUGUCUUCACUUACCCCACCCCACUCCCCUGCUCACAGUUGUGAAGAAUAUCCUUAACAUUGUGAAUGGUUCAUGUCACCUUUAAGAAAAAGAGGUCGGAACAGGCCCGUAUGUAUGCGAACUGUCCCUGGAUCAAGUGACUUUUCUUCUUUAAGUUCUCAGAGUCCUUAACCCAACUUAAGGUAGUCAUCUGAACUAGCCAGAUGUCUUUGAAUCACUCACGGUCAGUCUAUCAUUUGAAAAAAUAAGACUCUUUAGAGCUGCCUUACCCCAAAAUGUCAAGUAGACGUUCCAUUUUGGCGACUGUCACCUUGGUUUAAGGAGGUAUUUGGCACCUAGUUUAUAUAUCUGAGUUUCUAACACUGGCUAUUAUUACCUGCUUGCUUGUCAAGCAGAGCCAGUGAGCAAGUAGGUAGUGAGUGACAGCUCCUCCUCCUGUUUGUUUGCUCAUGGCCUCUGAGCCAGAGCGAGAGACAAGCAGAUUGCAAUGGUGAAGAGAAGGGAGCUCUUGUCAGCGGGACACCUUCCUGGGGCAUGGGACCUUGGCAAGUGCCUGGCCAUGCAGACCCAUCAAAUCCUAGCAAGGUCUGUUUGACAAGAUACAAAAGUGGAAUGAACUUACAUAGCCUAAGUAGUGUGAUCACUGGUUUUUUCCCAGACUGACACCUCUUUAUUUGUCACAUCAGGACAUUUCAAGAUAACAGCCAACCUAGGCUUGGGGAGGAAGUCAGUUGCCACAUCCAGACAUUCAUAUAGCAGUUUAAGAAGCCAAAAUGUUCACGAGCCUUUUGCUUAUAUGUGCAGCUCCUCUCUUGGCUGCGCACUGCGAUAAGCCAGGAUAUGUCUAUCUAUAGUUUCCUGCCUCACUGGGCCAUUACACAAAAGAUUGUGUAAAGGUCAAGAGCUGUAAAUGUCUUCUUCAGCAGGAAUAUAGCGCAAGAAAUAUUUGUAAGGAGGUCUGCUUGUCUUUGGGAUUGUGUCUCCUAAUAACAGCACGUUGAGAAACUUAACAGAGCAUUUGGUCUAUCAUGUUGAACUUAUAGGAAUAAUAUAAGUGUACUUUGUUGCUUUUGGAGUCAGAGUAGGCAUUCGAAAUGUUAGAGAUGUGUACUCUGUUUCCCUUUUUUUAAAACCUCAUUCAUGUAUUACUUGUGUGUAGAACAUAAUCAUUAAGACCAGGAAUUGAGUAUCUGCCGUGCUUCAGAUGUUGUUGGACUCCCAACUUCCAUCCGCCUCCAUCAGCAUGACAAGUAGUCAUGGAUGAUGGGAGUUGUAGUGUGGUGAAGAAGGCAUAGACUUGCUAAAUAAAGAAGGCAUGGGAGACCAGGACUUCUGAAAAUGAGAAAUUUCAAAAAACUGUAAAUGCCAGUGGCAGGUAAAGUGCAAUAAAGCAUUCCAAAGUAAAUAGCCCCAUAAAAAGGUGUUUGCUUUUAUCUGCCAUCAGGCUACUUUAGUGUACCAGUAUAAGGAGCAGGAUGCGCACAUAUGGCUAUGGCUUUAAAUUGAUAUUCAGCACGGCUCUUAGCCAGGAUAGGCAAAUCUUGGCACAGUUAGGGUAAUUUGAUGAAAAUGUCAACCUACAGACUCAUUUUUCACUUUCCUAUACGGUUAACAUGUUCUGUAUAAAUUUUUGGCUGCAGUGGGAGACGAGGAAAUUGGCAAACGUGAACUCCCUUUUUCCUUUCCUUUAGCAGACAUUUCUGCGGGAUUAAAAGCACUCCCACAAAGACACAAGUUUGAUACACUCUCUUCUUUGCGGGCAAACUAGUUUUGGGGCAGUUUGGUCAAAAUGGCUAAUUUUGGAUUGCCGAGAACCGGGAAAUAAGUGGAGAAAUGGCAUCUCAGAAAGGGGAACAGGGAGCACGGGAAAUCGAAACUCCACUAUUUUCUUGCUUGUAACACCACACCUUGGUUUACUGUUAAAUCUGAGCUGUCACUAGGGUUUUAGAUAUAAAAAUGGAGUGCUUCUUGAGAUUACUCAUGCUCUGAUGCUUGAGGUCAAAUUGUUAAUUUAUUUCAGUGUGAUAUGUGUGAAGAAUCAGUGUGUGUAUAAUUCACAUAUUUUCCCUUCAAAAUAUGAAGAAGCAGGAACCUUAUCCUUAACUAGUUUCCUCUUGUAAUUCUUCAGAAGAAAAAUAAUCUACAAACAUGCACCUAUUCAAAAUUGACAUAUGCACUCUGUACUCUGAUUUGACAACAGAAAAAGCAUUGUAUUUUUGAGUAAGAAAUAUGUAUUAUGAGAAGAAAUUCUGUAAAGGUUGAAGACUAGAUCAAACCAAGGGAUGCAGAGACAAAUAACCACACUUCACUGUUAUGCUUGUGAAAAGCAGAAAAUGUGGAUUAAUGUACUGGUUGUAUACAAGCAAUUCCAGCAACUGGUUUCUAAAUGCAGUGCCUGAGCCAAAUGAUACAAAUGCUGUCUAUUAACAAAUCUGAGAAAUAAUGAUCAAUUUAAAGGGCCAUAUAUUUGUUGCCUAAUACUCUACAUUACUUUUUAACAAAUACAGCUAUGUAAACAUGUGGAUAGGGAUGCGGGUGGUGCUGUGGUCUAAACCACUGAGCCUCUUGGGCUUGCCAAUCAGAAGGUCGGCGGUUUGAAUCCCUACGACGGGGUGAGCUCCUGUUUCUCGGUCCCAGCUCAUGCCAACCUAGCAGUUCGAAAGCAUGCCAAAAAAAGGGCAAGUAGCUAAAUAGGUUCUGCUCCUGCGGGAAGGUAAACGGCAUUUCCGUGCGCUGCUCUGGUUUUGGUGUUCCGUUGCACCAGAAGCAGCUUAGUCAUGCUGGCCACAUGACUCGGAAAAACUGUCUGUGGACAAAUGCCGGCUCCCUCAGCCUGUAAAGGGAGAUUAGUGCCACAACCCCAGAGUCGUCCGCGACUGGACUUAACUGUCAGGGAUCCUUUAUCUUUACCUUUUUAAACAUGUGGAUAGCCCCACUGAGGUCAUCAUCAUUUAUUUCAUAGAAUUGUAGAGUUAGAAGGAACCCUGAGGAUCAUCGAACUUGCAACCUUGGCGUUAUCACCACUAUGGUAUAACCAACUGAACUACCCAGGCUACUUAAAGUGGGCACAUUUUACUAGGUUGCUGAAAUGAGAUGUUCUCCCACAUGCCAGCUUUUGCUCAUGUUUCUGGGUUUUGGGGGAAAAUAUUUAUGAACCUAGUUAUUGGGGUGAUUUUUAAAACAACUUUCCUUUAGAAAUUAAGAUUCCCCCCCCCUUACUUCUGCAGGUGUAUUCCUAUUUAAGAUGUAUUAGUGCAUAGUAUGUAACAAAGGAAAUAAUGAAUUUUGAAUUUACAGCAGAUUUUGAAAUAUAGGGAGAAACAUGGGUGUUAUUUUUUUUUAAUGUUGGAGAAUGGAAUAUCAAAGCAGCUUCCUGUGUUGAUGAAUAUGUUGGUUUUCAAUCCGGCAUUGACUAAGCAUUCAGGAAAUGAACAUUUAGCCUAGAAAGGGGCAUAAAGCACGUUCACUCUCUAGGACUGUGUGAAGCUCUUCUGGCUUGUAACAAAUAUAGCCAGAGCAAUUUUACACGUCCCAUAAACUGGGGCAAUUUCACUAGACAUGGCUGUCGCACUCCAUCUCAUUUGCUUGUUGACUUUGCAAGAAGGGAGUUGCGCUUGGACAUGUAGCAAAAGCUCCAGAGUUGCGUUACGCAAGAAUUGCAUUUCCGUUUGAGGAUCUUAGUGUUUUGCAGGGUGGUGGUCGGAACCCAGCAUAGUCCAAAGAUUGGGCCUGUCUCCACCACAGCCCUGUUUUCUCCCACCAUUUUAAUGUUUUGCAAGGAUGGUUGUGGAGGAAGUGAAAUGGGGGGCAGUGGGUUGGUGGGGUGGAACAGCGUAAUCUAGAGAGAGGGGGUCUCUGGAAAGUGUUGGGGCCAAGACUGAGAGACCUGGUGGACUGUAUUUGGCCUGUGGACUGGGAAGUUCUCAAUCCCUGGUAAAUGCACCCCAUUGCUCCACAAACAGUUAAACUGGGCAGAGAUACAACAUCAAAAUCUGGAGGCUCAGUAAUGGAACCUGGUAUUACCAGUGGUCCAUUCAUGCACUAGAUAUACUAGGAAAUAAAUCCUCUCUCACUAAGUGUUGGCUCAAUUUGUGCUCUUUGUACAGCACAAAGCAUUCAUCCACCUAGGUAGGGCAGUAACAGAAUUGGGUCAAGUUCUGAAUUAAUAUGUCCUCCUUUGCUGCAGUUUGGCAUAUGGUAGGGAAAGCACUUGGUGUGUGCAUUGGAAGAGAUCUGAAGUUUGCUUUUGCUUUUCUUCUAAGGAAGUCCUAGAAGCAAGCCAAAAUAGUAUCCCUACUAUGUAUAGAUGAAAGCCUUAAAAAUAACAGUUUUGGAAUCUUUUUAUACAAGUGUAUUAACAUUCUCCAUUGAAACAGCUUUCCCACCUUUAUUUGGUCAUGAUUUCUUUUGUAUGUAAUGUGCAAAACUCUGUAGAGCUACAUCUUUACUUGUGAAGUGUCUGAAGUCAAAUUCACUGUUUGCUGCACCAGUAUUCUUGCUGUUUAUCUGAGUGUCUCAACAGGAUCAAGUAGUCCCAAGUUCAAAUCUCCACUCAGCCAUGAAGCUCUACCGGGUUACUGUGUCAGCUGCUGUCUCUCGAUCUAACCUGCUUCACAAUGUCCUUGUGAAAAUAAAAUAAAGCAAGGUAUAAUGAACUAAAGCAAAAUGUUAGUAAAACCUUAAAGCAUCAGUUAGCGGCUAGGUGGGCUUGUGGCCCUGGGCAAAGAUAUGGUGCAAGGAACCAAGUUGUUUACCUUUUUCAUACUUGGCCACAACUGUGUAGUCUUUCCUGGGUGGGCAGCAAAAAUUGCAGGAAGCACGAGGAGCAGCCUAGCCUGUGUGUCCCUGGCAGUUUCUCUGCUGAAACCUUAAACUGAGCCUUCAUGGGCGUAUUGGUGAGCAGUGAGUCAAGAGGCAGAAGUUGUUUUGCCCACAUAGCACAAGUUAAUGCCUGUGCUUUAAAACAGAGUUGGAAAACCUUUCAUCAGUCCAUGUGUAGAUGGACAAGUCUCUGCUUUUUCUUUAAACUCCCUCCACCUUAACUCGAUGAGAGUUUUGUUAGGACAAAGUUUGUGAAAUUAUGGUCUGACUAACCCUCCUUCUUGUCAAACCAGUUACUGUCCUAUCUUGUUACCCAUACAUUUUAAAGGGAAGCGAAACUCCACAGAAACUGAAAGUCUCUAGUAAUAAAUCCAACUACAAAUGGUUACCUCUGUCCAAAUAUGUUUAUGUCCCGUUGAUUUCAACGAGGGAAUGCAGUUAACUUUGCUCUGCUGAAACCAGUACUUACCUUUUGCCUGGAUUGCAUCUGUUGGGUGUGUAGUGUAAACAGUUUUGAGACUUGGGUACCUGAAUGGUUGUCUCAUCUCGUGAUGAACCUGUUCCCUGUGACACCCUUUUUCAGGCCUCUCUGCUGUAAAAGGUGAGGCAUCUGAUGGCUGGGAUUAGGGUAUUUUCUCUCAUAUAUAUAUAUAUAUAUAUAACACACUCAAAAUUUUCACAUUAUAUUCCCCUCUCUCGAGCACUCGAUUACGGUAUUUUCCAUGUCUGGUGCCCCAGUUAUUGAAUGCUCUUCCCAGGGAAGCCUUCUUCGUGCCCAGACCUAGUUCUUACUGUGAUAUUAUUUUGAUGCUUGCAGCCUUUAAUAUUUUUGUUAGACUUUAGUAUUAACUCUGGUUUCACAUUGUUUAAAGGUACUCUGAGUCUUGGCUGAAUAAUGUGGCAAGAGGAAACAGAGAUACUGGAUUUGUGAUAACCAGUUUUUCUUUUUGAGGUUGUUUUUUUUAAGGUGGUGUAGUUGUUGAGAAUAUGGCAUCCUCUAAAAGCGUCUUUCACCCAGACCAUAUCAUUAAUAGCUCACUAGCAACAUUCACACACGGUUACCAGCUUACCUUGGAUGAUAAGAUUGUUCCUGCUUUGCUCCUCCCUACUAGUGAGUCAGAGCAACAAACCAUGAUACUUGGCUUAGCAUCACAUCCAAACUGGGAAUAGUUUUACUCAAUUAAAUGAUAAUUGAUAAACCAAGAAUGAAUUGUGGCUUCAGAUCAUAGUCUGGAGCAGUACUCCCCCCCCCCCCGAGAAAAAUAGGUGCUGGUACUCAUAAUGAACGCGGGUGGCACUGUGGUUUAAACCACUGUGCCGCUUGGGCUUGCUGAUCGAAAGGUCGGCAGUUCGAAUCCUGGGUGAGCUCCCAUUGUUCGGUCCCAGUUCCUGCCAACCUAGCAGUUCGAAAGCACACAGUGCAAGCAGAUAAAUAGGUACCGCUCCGGCGGGAAGGUAAACGGCGUUUCCGUGCGCUGCUCUGGCUUUGCCAUACUUAGUCAUGCUGCGGCUUAGUCAUGCUGGCCACAUGACCUGGAAAAAGUGUCUGCAGAAGCGGACAAACGCCGGCUCCCUCAGCCUGUGAAGCAAGAUGAGUGCUGCAACCCCAGAGUCGUUCGAGACUGGACUUAACUGUCAGGGGUCCCUUUAUCUUUACCUUUUACUCAUAAUGAAGUUGUUGCAGUAAGUGCCAGACUUUUUAACAACAAAAGAGAGGUGUUGGUACUGUGUAACCUUGAGUACCCCCUGGGAAGAAAGCACUGGUCUGGACUGAAAUGAACCACAGUCUCUAGGGAGGAUGUAAUGCUAAGCUACAGAUCAUGGUUUGCUGUCCUGUUUGCUAGCAGGAAGGAGUAAAGCGAGACCUUUGUGUAUACAGUGAGUCAUUAUCCAUGGUUUACUGUGAUGUGUGAAUACACCCACUGUGUAGGUGGGACCAUCAUGUUAUGACUAACCCAUCCAUGAUCCAAAUAUUCUUUGAUAGGGAAAUGUAUGCCACAGUGGGCCUGAGGGGGGGCGGGUAUUGCUGACACUUGUGGCAUAUGUAACUUACAGAGCUGGUGAGAGAGAGGCAUUUAGAGUUCAGUAAGAGAAAUGGGGAAAAUAUAAACCAUGUUGCUUCCAGCUGCAAUAUAUCGCAUUUUUAAUGCAGUUGUGCAUUUUUGCAGCUCCCCCAAUUUCUUUUUUUCCUUCUUCCUGUUUGUUUAAUAUUAAUUCUUCAUUGGUGAUAUGAAUUAAGAAAAUCUUUUCCCGCCCCACUGUUUUCUGGAAAUGUCUAGGCUCUAUAGAAUCUCAGGGGUGGGAGGAGGAGACCCAUAGUUGUAAAAGAGAUUCAUAGUUAUAGGGCACUUGCAGAUGAACUUCAGAGCCUGAGGACAAUUGGUCCCUUUGUUUAUAGUAAUGUGUUGAGAACGAAUAAUUCCUUUUGUCUGGCACUGCAAUAAUACUUAAAAGCAGCCAUUGUUUAAAUUUUAAACUGUGAAUGCAAGUUUAAUACAGUUUUUUUAUGAAUAGUAGUUCUUCACAUUCCUUUAGAAAUUUUCUCAGUGAAAUGAUAGGUGGGGUUGUAUUGCUAAUUGCAGUGUAGUCCAGUACACCACCCAAAGAUUAAUGAAUUUCGCAACAUAGGAUUUUGGAUUGUUAAUUUUAAUAAUGGUGUUUACUUUAAGGAUUUGCUAGGCUUGUUGAAUAGGAGGUUACUUGGGCUGAAACAGUGCCAGCAUCAAACAGCUUUUUAGCCUUUGCCGGUAAGGUUUUAAUAUGGCUUCCCGGGUUGGAAAAAUCAGGAAUUUGACUCUCUGCCUCUGAUAACUCUGGGGAAUAGGCACAACUGUUCCUGCUUUUAAGCAGUUUGGAGUAGCAGAAUCCAGAAAUAUUGUUUGAUUGGUAAGCUAUUGCACCUGGAGAGGGCUUAGCAAAUCCAGCUACCACAUCAUUAUGCCAAAGUAGAACCUUGCAGUCAACCUUGACUCUCCUGAGAAUUCCAGCCUCGAUUGGUCCACUUACACUUUAACCAAGUAGCUAGAAGGAGGAGGAAACUCCAGCUAACUUUGUAUACUCUUAAGGGAUGGGCUUUUGACUGGCCCGUCCAUCAAAGCAUGGCAUUAAUGCCACCCUGUGUAGGUUUGAAUGGUACCAGUCUUGGCCUAUUCAUACUAGGGGGUUUUUCUUUUCUCUCCCUCUCCCUUUGACCAUUAUAUGUGUUAAUGGCAAUUGCUGAAAUGCUUUGACAUCCACGGUGGAAUGCUUUCACUUCAGCAUGUAUUAGCUCCUUCCUUGCUUCCCUCUUUCUGUACUCCUGAUGGAUUGGUUUUUCCUCUUCCUUUCCUCUAGUAUUUGGAACUGAAGUUGGAUGCAUACAAAUGUGCACAGUGUAUAACUUCUCUGUUAAUUCAUGUGUGCGGUAAGGUUGUUGGUAGCAGAGAAGUUAGUCCUCCCACUUGCAUGCCAAUUUCUUCUUGGGUUGUCUUUUCCCUCAGGCUGCUUUUAUUCUUGGCCAGACUUCUAGUUUUCGAGCCUGCCAGAGAGAAACUUUGUGGGAGAAAUCGUUGAACAAGGAGCUGAUUAAGUACUCCCUUCGUGCCCAGUGAAUACCCUUUCCCUAUGCCCGCCCUAGCAGUCUGAGGCGAAGAUAAAUUUGGGAACAUAUAGUUUCUGCCCUGAAACAUAACUUAAUGCACCGGUUUGCCGGUUUCUGAAUAUGAAGUUCCUCAGUCUCAUACCUGUGGUGGCCUGUCUCAGCACAUCCUUGUUGCAUCUCUAUGCUGUCAAACACAAUUUGUAUGUUUGAUAACAUUUAAACUUCAGUUCUUCUGUGAAACAUUGGGACUCAUGAAAGCUGUAGGUCAAACAUGAACACUUGUCUUUGCGGUUUACUUAAAAAGCCUUCCUUGAAUAAAAAAUAAGUCUCAAAGAGGUUUGACAAAUCGCUAUGCGGACACAAAAUCAAUUUUUUAAAAAACCACAAUAUUAAAUGAUGUUAAAUUAAUUUUGUGGCAUAUGGCUGCCUCCUCUGAAUUCCAAAAAAACAUUCGACAGAAUGGUGAGGUAUCUCAAAUCUGCAAAAGGACAUUUCCAGAGCUCUAAAUUGUCUGUUUUAGAGUUUGCAGUGGACAGUACUUAUAUCUUACUCAGGAUAAUGAAGGUUAUUGUUAGAAACUAUCUGCCCCCUCAAGUUUUUAAAGUUAUAUGCAUGCAGGGGUUGACUUGAUGCAUUUUAAUUUGGGCAUGAAAUACAAGCCUUCAGGGACCACUAGAAGCUGAUCCUUGCCAAAAGCAGGACUUGCAUUUGGUGCUGAACGCAAGCCCUGCAUUUAGCAGGAAUCUUUGCAGCUGUGGCUUAACUUCAAGCCAGGGCUGUAAAAGAAUAAACUGGAGCGCAUUUAGAGUACGCUUGUCAGUUGAAUCACCUGAUGGCAUGUGAUAACAGGUGGGUGGCCCUGUUCACCUGUCAGAAGUGGCCUGCAGAGAGUCUUUGUUCAGUUUUCUCAUGAGGUCUAAUAACAGGGAGUACGUUUGUCUGAUUUGUAUAUGCUUUAUAUUUGGUAAAACAGCUGCAGUAUUUUUGUAUGUAUAUAGAUGCAUGUUUUUGCGGCAGAAAUAGCUUGAAGAAACUGGCAUUGCAUAUUCAAUGGCACUUAAAAGGUCUUACUGGAGCAGACCUGUGGUUCUGUAUACCUGUGACCUAGACAGUGCAUCUUACACAUUAUCUGGUUAUGAAAAUAAUACAUGUACUUUGAGUUUUAAGGGUAUACAAUAUCUUACAGUCAGACAUUUUUAUCUCAGUUUAUAAAUAGCUUUCAUUUUUUCAUAUGGUAAGAACUUUGGUUAAUAUUCUGUCAUGUGUUGCCUUUAUAACAUUUUUUUUUUUGAGGGAAGUAACUGUUUCUGUUCCUACAGAUAUGUGUUUUUACUUACUAAUCCUGCAUAUGGAGAAUGCAACUUUCUUAUUGGAUUGAAUUACAUUAAAACAAUCUUUCUGUGUUUCCGGCAUAUGAUUUGGACCAAUUGUUAGUGUCUUUGAAACUGAUUUAAUUUGACAUGUUGGAUCCACAUCUGGUAACAGCUGUGGGAAAUGUUUCCGGAGCAUCAAAGGGUUUAUGAUAGACGUGAUGUUUAGAGAUUUGUACCAGCUUCACAAACGAUUCAUAUGAUUCUCAAGAAGAUUGGCUUUUAAAAUAAGAAAGACUUGGUCUCCUUAUUGCUUUUGCAACAGUGAGUAUAAGCACUUAACCGCAAAAAAAUGAUGAGAGUUUUCUUUUCUCCGCAGGUCAACUUUGUAGUGUGCCAGCUCUUUGCUUUGCUUGCUGCUAUCUGGUUUCGAACUUACCUUCAUUCAAGCAAAACUAGUCCAUUUAUAAGGCAUGUUGUUGCCACCCUUUUGGGCCUUUAUCUUGCACUUUUUUGUUUUGGAUGGUAAGUAACUUGAUUUUUCUCUUUCGCUGUAUCCAGGCUCUGGUUUCUCUAGCCCAAGGUUUCCCAAAUUUGGUUCUCCAGCUGUUUUUGGACUACAGUUCCUAUCAUCCCUGACCACUGGUCCUGCUAGCUGUUGUAUCAAUGCUGCUUGAUUUCAAGGCUUGUCUGCUUUUCUGUUUGAAGUACUACAAGCCUUACAAAACAAAUAUGACCAUGGACCACGUUGGAACAUGCACAGUGAACAUAGUUAUAUGGGCAGUGAUAGUUUCACAGCAAUAAUAAUUUUAUUAUUUGUACCCUGCCCAUCUGGCGGGGUUGCCCCAGCCAUCCUGGGCAGCUUCCAACAAAUAUAAAUAAUCAAACAUUAAUAUACAGAGCUGCCUUCAGAUGUCUUCUAAAAAGUUGUAUAUUUAUCUCCUUGACAUCUGAUGGGAGGGUGUUCUCAUCUUUUAAAAUUUAUUGCCUGUACACAGCCUUUGUCAAAAUUAACGGGUAAAUAUAACCAUUUUGGAUGAGUUAAUCUGGGCAAAACAUAUUUUCUCUUCUGCUGCUGCUUAGAAUUGAAAUUAACAUUGACAAAAUACGCAAACUACUUCGGCUAACCAAACUUUGUAACCAUUUCCCCAUUCUUAGGUAUGCCUUACAUUUUGUUAUACAAAGUGGAAUUUCCUACUAUAUCAUGAUCAUUAUAGGAGUGGAAAAUAUGCACAAGUGAGUAUUGACACACUUUUAUGUUUUCAGAGUGAAAGAACAUAAUUUGCAGGUGGGUGGAGCUUUAAAGCAGGGAUGGCUACCCCACCCUCCCUGAGCUCUGACAUAGCCCUCCAAGCUGAUUUUCCUGGGGCUCCAUUCAGUACUACACUGAAUUUUGCUGUCAAAGUGUAAGCUUUCUUUUUUUUUUUUUUAAAAAAAAGAAGACACAGACCUGGGGGACCUGGCCCAACAUGUUGAUGGAAAAUGCUGAUUACUCCCUCUCCACUAAUCAGAUUGAUGAUUUAUUGAGCAGAGAGGAUGUCUGCGAUAGCUCAGUUAGUAGAGCUUGAGACUGUUAAUCAGUGGGUUGGGGGUUUGAGGCCCACCUUUCAUAGCAUGGUUUGCAAGCGCCCAGGGCUAUGCAGAGUGGGUGGGUGAGUGUGCAUUCAAUUGCCUAAGGCAGUGGUGGCCAAACUUGGCCCUCCAGCUGUUUUGGGACUACGACUCCCAUCAUCCCUAGCUAACAGGACCAGUGGUCAGGGAUGAUGGGAACUGUAGUCCCAAAACAGCUGGAGGGCCAAGUUUGGCCACCACUGGCCUAAGGCAUGCAAGUCACCCAGGAGAUCACAGCUGCAGAGAAAGUUUGGCCACCACUGGCCUAAGGCAUGCAAGUCACCCAGGAGAUCACAGCCGCAGAGAUCAGAAAAGAAGAGUCAUUCAGUUGUCUGGAGAGGCCACUUCCUGGUUCACCUGGAGAAGCCUUUUUCAAUGGAGCCUGGCGACGGGAGCAUGCAGCCAUAUCGAGGCAGCAAUGGGUGUUGAAAUUUUGCGCUCCUAACUAUUUUGCGCAUGAGGCAACUGUCGCUGUGCUGCUAUACCACUGCUACUGCCACAUUGGGCAAAAAGAUGACCGUUGUGGUCCUUUCCAAUUCUUUGAUUCUGUGAUAACCUCUCAGCUGGAGUUUUGUUUUGUUUUUGUGUGUACAUACAUGCCAAGAGUGUGGGGUGGCCACAAGCACUGCUGGCACGAGGCCUUUGGAGGGGUUAGUGAACAUUAGAGUGGCCCUUCAGCCGACAAAGGUUAGCCACUCCUGCUUUAAAGGAACAAAUUGUCCGUGAUAUCAGUGCAAGCACUCCUACCCUGAAACACUACCGUUUCCAAUGUAUAUUUCCCUGAAGAGACCUUGUGUAGCAAUGUGUUGCUCUUCUUGUUUGCUAUUCAAAGUGCCAAAAGCUUUGUCAUACCUACUGUUUACGGAAUCAAGCCCGGGGGGGGGGUUUUGCUGUAAUUUUAAGUACAUAGCAGUUAACAUGUUUCCAUUGCUGCUUCAUAAAUUAUCUGACUUGCAGACUUGUAAUACAUCUGAGUGCUAACUCCCCUGCCAGGUGAACAUGUAAAAAAAACCCCACUCAAUAGCAUUCAAUGUUCCCGCUUCGUUUCUGAGGAAUAAAAAAUACAUGGCACAAUUUUAUCCUUGGGUAAGCAUAGCUUGGUAUAUAUAUAUUUGAGCUGGGUUCAUUUUAUUCAGUAUCUUUGCUGUCCUCUAGGAAAUGUAUGCUGUGUGCUGGUUUCUCUCUUAUUGUGUCAUAGUGUAAUAUGAAUUGCCAUAGACAGCAAAUGCUUACGGGCCUGAUGUGAUAGAACUGUUUCAUAUGGAGGGUUGUGUUUACUCAGUGCAAGAGGAUGCUCUUACUUAUCUGUAGCAGUGUGGGUCCAAAGGCUCACUCCUGCUAUGGCAAGGAAUUUGGUACGGUUGCUUCAUACUUUACAUUUUUUAGGUAUAACUGUGGCUUUCAAAUUGGAAAUGGGCUGUGGAAUUGUGGGCACCCUCCCUUCUGUGCAGAUUUGCUUCUACCUGGUUUGGCAUUCAUGUGAAUCUUGACAGCUUGUGUUAAAAUGAGCCGAAGUAUACUUUGCGAGCUCCCAAAGUGAGUUAUAUACUGAAAUAUAUAGCCUAUACUGAAAUGUCGUUGUUGUAUAUUAUCAUGGCCAGGAAUCCACAUUCGGAACAAAUAAAUGCCUUAUUCAUCCAUUUCAGGAAGCAGAGUUACAGUAGAUAGGUAGGUAGGUAGAUACAUAGAAAGCAAUCGUAUAGAUAAUAUAAUUUAAGUGCUUUGAACGUUUGACUGGCUAAUUACACUAUGAGUUCAAUAGUUCAAGUCAUCAGUAUGACAAAGUGUAAUUUGGAUGGCUAUUGAAAUAUACUUGGAGUCGAGAGUGGAUUUCCUGCUCUUUAUUCAGCUCACAGUGGCGAGGAGGAAUGGAAGUUCCCCCAGAAUGUCUGCUUUAUAUACAUUAUUUACACAAUAGGCCCCACGUGAUUGGCUAAUUCCGGGAUUCUCCUGUAGGCCAAUCAGGUUGCGGAUUCACUUCCACCUGGAGCUGGAUUGGGUGGCUCCUGUGGACCAAUCACUUCUGCAUUCUGGAUCCUAUUGUUCUAGGACCAAUCAGACUGCUGCAUUUUGGAUCCUAUUGAACUCAGUACAUAACAGCUAUGAAAGUCUACUUAAAAGUGUUAGUCUUUGAAAUGAUAGUAUAGAACAGGGAAUGCAAGCUGGUGUACAUAGUAGCCUCCCAACAUACUUAUGGAAGAGUGCAAACAAAAUUGAACCCGUUCCAUUUUAAUGCACCAAGAACUUUUAAAGCUGUUUUAUAGCACAGGUGUAGUUAACUAGAUUCGGACUGAUGUUAAUUCAGAUGCAGCUAAAACAUUUAAUAUCAUGUAAACUUGCUGAAAACCUGGUGGAGAAGAUUUGCAUAAACUGAGAUUCCAGAAACAUUUUAAUGCGAUGCUGUGAUUUUGUGAUGGAGCAGUAUGUUUACCCAAGGGCUUAGCCCAUGACCUGCUGGCAGUUUUCCUGCUGACUCCCCUCCCCUGCCCUUCUUUUCUUUGUGGAGAACUUCAGAUAGGUGUUUACAAGCACUAUCUCAAAACUGCAGCCUUCAUAGGCUGCUUUUAACCUGGUUAAGAAAAACUACCUGUUGGUUUACUAUACUGUACAUUUGUGUGUAAUUUGUUUACUCCUCCCAUAUUCUUGGGAAUGGGCUGGAGAGGAAUUGGACUCGGCAUUGAAUGAAGUACCAUUCAUUUGCUGAUUACAGGAAGUCUAACAGGAUGUUUAUAGUAAUUUAUAGCAGCUGCCUGCAUUUGCCAUGCUUUCAGGCUUUUCAUUUUCACUAUAAUCAAUAGACACCUGCUCAUUUUUUAAAUUCCCCAAAAAUUUAAUUUAGACGGUUUUGUGGUCCCUAUCAGAUUCAAGACCACUUUUCUAGACAUCUUCAGACAGUGUAGUGUCACUCUCUAGAUAGUACUGGCUUUGACAGCGACUAUGCUUUGUUGCAGUUUUGUUUGCUGCACAGCAAACAAACACGCAAAGUGUAAAUAGGCAACAGGUGCACUUAAAAUAGCCACAUACAUGUGCCGUGGACCUCAGAGUGUAAAAUUGGCAUAUCCAUGGCAAAUCUGCUGGAGAUUUUGAGGUGUGAAACUACCCUCCUGUAUGUAAGUCCCAUUUGCAUGGUUGUUGCUGGUUUACUUGCAGAAAGAAAUUUGCGUUGCAUUUCAGAAGUAAUGAUAUAUGAAAUGUGUGUUUCAUGCUGAGCAGGAUAUUUGCACUUUCCAAUUAGGACCUGCUAGAUGGUUCAGGAUACGGGUAGUCUUUCUAGAACUGCUAAGAUAGACAAACAGCAUAUUCCUUUUUCAACAGAAACUUGCCUCAUAUAAGAAACCAUUAUGGAGAUUGUGUAAGUGUAAGCCCCUUUGAUAUUAACAGUGUUUUCUUCUGAACGGGCAUGUUUGGGAUUGCUCUGAAUAUCACUUGCAUGAAUGGAGAAUAUUUUUCGUUGUAUAUUGGCUACUCAGUGCAAAAUGGUUGUGUCUUAGGUGGAAGUCUUCCAUUCUGCAGUCAACAGUAUUUUAGAUUUGAUAAUGAUUACUCGGAAGCUGACUUAUAAGCCCCAGAUUUGACACUUAGAACAGUGUAUUCUUCUUCUUCUUUUGUAAAGAUACUUGCCUUUGUCUGUUUUCUGACAGUUUUACAUAUUUUGAGCACUCGAGGGAAAAAGAGCAUUUGGUUGCAAAAGUAAAUAUGUUGGGGUUGGAUUAGGCAUGGCCAAGCCUUCUGUAGCGCAUAUGCCAAGAGAUGACCUUGAAGUAACAGCCCUUAAAAAGCUCCUUAUUGUAUUGUUUCAAGAAGCUCAAAGCAGGAUGUGAAUUUUCUGUGCCUCCAAGCAAAGCUGACAGCACUUCAGGGCCCUCUCCCUGCAAUAUGUUUAGAAAACAAAAAACCCAGAACCAGUAAUAACUGAAGAAACUAAAAAAUAAGGUGGUUGGAUUUCCUUACGCUUUCUGCAGCUAGCACUGGAAGUGCAAUAAUGCCCACACCUAUCCAUGAAGAGACAGUGUCACUGAAGGGGUUCAUAGAUGCUUGUGGUUGGCAGUGGGGUUCUUUUGGAAUGGGAGAUUUAUGUUUCAGCACUGGAAAGGAGAAGUGCGUAUCUUUGAAGAAACCUGACAAAAGGAUGGGAGCAUGUUGCUUGUGUCCACUUCUAAGAAUCAAAAUUUAAGUUACAGACAUUUCUACGUGUAAGGUAAAGGUAAAGGGACCCCUGACCAUUAGGUCCAGUCAUGGCCGACUCUGGGGUUGCGGCGCUCAUCUUGCUUUAUUGGCCGAGGGAGCCGGCGUACAGCUUCCGGGUCAUGUGGCCAGCAUGACUAAGCCGCUUCUGGCAAACCAGAGCAGUGCACAGAAACGCCGUUCACCUUCCUGCCGGAGCAGUACCUAUUUAUCUACUUGCACUUUGAUGUGCUUUCAAACUGCUAGGUUGGCAGGAGCAGGGACUGAGGAACGGGAGCUUACUCUGUUGCGGGGAUUUGAACCGCCGACCUUCUGAUCAGCAAGUCAGUAAUAAAAAAAACACCACCUUAAUAUGCAGGCGAUUAAUUUUAUAUAAACAAUUAGUAAGGACAUGCAUUCUGAAAGUUUGUAAAAUAGCAUCUGGAAGUUUGCGUCACAUUGCUAAUAAUCUCGCAGGCAAUAUCUUAUAAAUGCCCAGGACACAUUUCUGCAGCCAAGUUUUACGUAACACUCGUAUCACAAUUGAUUGCACUGGAUUAGGUGAGAAAUGAUUACAGGGCAUAAUUCUAUGCAACAAAAGCAAUGUUUUACCAGUAAAAUGUUUGAAUUCCCAGUAAUAAAUGAGUGAGAAUUGCGUAUUUAUUGUGCCAUAAACAUGUGUAAUGGCUUUUAUUUACAUUCAGUUAAUUAACAAGUAUUACCUGGCUCAGCAAGAGCUCAGUUGGGAAAAAUGAACAGAUUCAACUGUGACGGAUCUUAUUUCCUCCUGGGAAGACAAAUAAACAAUAACAAGGAAUUGUUUCUGAGAGGGAAGGCUUGAACUAAUGGGUAAUUACUGUGGUUUUCUCAAAAGAGCAUUGAGGAGGAAUGCCUUCUAUUACAUGAGACCAAGACAGGUUCUGUUUUGUACAGAGUUUUGCUAAAGACUUGUCUUAAAAACAUAGGCAAUCUGUUUAAUAACUAAUUAUAAAUAUACGUUGCUGCUUUAUCUGUUAAUAUCUUUUGUGUGUCACUUUUCUAUUUUUUUAAUGCUUGUUUGUUAUGCAGAAGAUAACUAUGUGGAAAAUGUGAUGUUGAGCCUAGAAAUAUAAAAUUCAUAUUUAUAACAUACACAAUUUGCUAUAGCAGACUGUUUGAAAUGUCUGAUUUGCAAGAUUUUUGUUUCUAUUCCUUUGUUAAGCAUCCUUGACUUGGUAAUUUAUAACCUACCCUCUCACAUUCUUUUCCUGUAGUUGCCUUCUCUUCAGCUGUCUUGUCAAUCUGGCUGCAGAUUUAAAAAAAUAUUUGACGAGGCUGAGCAGGUUCUCAAUCUCUAUAUUAAACUAUUGUUCUUUCUGACCUUCACUCAGUAGCAGUCUAAUUUAAGGAUAAACAUCACUCUAAGACAGAAGUUACUUCUUUUUUUAAGUAAUAAUGACAUUUGCAAGAAUGACAUGACAGCUUCAGUUUCUGUGCAUGUGUUUUUUCUGUCUUUCUUUCUUUCUUUCUUUUAAAAAAGAGCUGUUACCUGUUGAGUGACACAACGGUCCUUAGACGGCAAAUAGAGUUUCUGGUGGCAAUAAAUGAAUGUAAAAAUGCUGUAUGGGCAGGAGAGUCAGGUGGAGUCAGAACCAGAAAUACAGCUAAUGAGGGAAUACAAAUGAAUGCUAAGAGGGAAUCCUAGGAGCGUCCAAAUCUGGAUUUCUCUCAACAUUAAUUUGGAGGCUGAAGGGUAUACACAGGGAAGAAAUCGAAUGGACGGAAGUGUGUAAUCUUUCCCAGCCCACUUAUUAUUAUUUUUCCUGCAAAUGUCCUAUAUUGUUACUAAAUUAGACAAAAUUAGAUUCUGGAACUAGAAGUGAUGCUCCAUUAGAAUGCGGGUUGCCUUUUAAGGACUGGCUGCAGCUUAAAAAACCCCACUUAUGCGCCAGUCCUCCCCAGUGUUGCUGCACUCUCUGUUACCUCUGGAAAGGUAGGCUAGUCCUAAGGGUUUGCUGAAAGCAUCUAUUUCAGCCUUUCUCAACCUGUGGGUCCUCAGAUGUUGUUGAACUACAACCCCCAUCACCCCUCGCUAGCAAGGCCAGAGCUCAGGGAUGAUGGGAGUUGUAGUCCAACAACACCUGGGGACCCACAGGUUGAGAACAGCUGAUCUAGAUAGACCAAAGGGAACUAUGGGUGAGUUGCCCGUGAAGUUGGGAGCAAUAAUAGUGGCACUUCAGCUGAUGACAUAGACAGUAGAGUUCCAGAGUUGGCAUCCGUCUGUUUCAGGAGACAAUGGAGGAGUGUGCCUUUGGGGGUGAGGUCAAGCUGUUGGAAGGUUGCAGCACCAGUUGUGGCUGUAGAGACCGAUGCCGGAGAGACAAGGUUUGUUACAACUGGGGCAGAUGAAGGCGUCCUUCUGGUUGUGCUACUGCAGAUGCACCAUGGCUUUUCUUCUUCUCUCUGUGCUUUCCUCCUCUGGCCACUGCUAGGGAUGCAUGAGUUGAUUGCCUGUCUCCACGCACUGUGGUGAAACUAAUCCGUAUAUGGAAUAGCAAAAUUUAUGAUACAAAUGCAUAAUUACAUGCAAUACAGUAGAGAGAGAGAGAGCGCGCUUUGCAAGAGCUGUGGUAUGCACAGGAGAUCUCAGAGUGAAGAUUAGUCUUGAUCACUCCUUAAGUGGGGGAGUGUGAGAGCUUUUUGUGCACAUCUGAGCUCCUGCUUUGUCAAGGAACUGCCAACCAGACGAACCUAUCUGGGCUUUAACUCUAAAACCUGCUUAGUUUAGGUGUGUUCUUGUUAACAGUUCCUGCCAUGUGUGUGGGGGGGGGGGAACCAUGUGAUGCUAUUGCAUAUUUGAAGAGGAGAGUCACAUUCCCUUAAAAACAUGUAGCUCUAUAUAAAGCAUCACAGUAAAACCUCCAGGUUUUGUAGUUGUGAAAGGGCAGAAAUGAUGAUGAUACAGUCCAGUAUGCUAAGGAUGAACUGUACUUCCUAGCAAAGAUUUUAAUUUGGAUUGCUGCUUAGGUGCACACGGUGACUGCAUUUCAUGGCAUCUGUGCCAUAUGGCUAACUGCUUUUGUUUCAUGAACAGUUUGAGGAGUUGCAUUAGGAGUUGGGUUUUUUUUCUGAGGAAAGAAAGUUUAGAGCCCUUAUGGGGUUCCAUUGCUCUUUCAAAAAGAAAAGAAAGCUUGAUGAGGAUCGAGUUACCACCCAGUCAGGUUUUUGUAGAAGUUUUAUCUUCUAAGCAUAGUUAUAUCUGCUGGUGAACAUGGACAGGUUAAGCCGGCUAUUCCAAAAAAGCACCACAGAUUAUUAUUUUGUGUGUGUAUUACAAUCCUGUCGUACAGUGCUUUGUUUUCAAUCCAUCAAACGAGAACUUCAAAGGGUGAAGGCAUUUCUUUCUCACUGUCUAUUCAGUUUUCAUUGAAAGCAGCAACUGUAUCCCUUUCCUGAUGCUUCUGUAAGGCUGGUUACUCCACCUGUCAGGCUGCCAAGUGAUUUGACUGGGAGCAAAUGAGCUCUGAGUCAUACUUGUACUGCUUGCGUGCUUUUAUUACAGCAACAAACUAUUCCUGUCAAAUAAAUCGGACUCCGCUACAAAAUCAGAUGCAUUUAGGGAGAGGGGGGGAAAGUCAGUGAAACGUAUGUUCCUUUUCACCAUCUUCACAGCAUACAAGGUUGCUUGUAAAAUGAGAUUAGAAGUCAUUGGUGGGAAGGCAUGCAUUGAAGGAACGGAUGAGGUUGUUCUUUGGAAUAUUGGUGUGUUAGCUUGGAAAAAUCUUUCAAUGACAAGACUUGGCUUUUUUGUGUUUACUGCAAGUGUGUCGCUGGAGUUUUAAUGGAGAACUGUUUUAAUAAUACGAAAUAGAAAGUAACAUUACAUUCAAUAAACUUCUCUUUCUAAAAAGGUUUAGGCCGGAAAAAAAUGCUGCACUCUUCAAUGUGAGUCAUGUUAUUAGGAUUGGUUUAUGCUUUGAAGCAAACGUCUUAUACUAUUAAUUGGUUACGUGCAGGAUUGUUAAUUGACUUGCCAUUUAAUAAUCUGGCAGCCUGAGACUGUUUUAUCACUACAGAGUGCAGAGAUGAGCUGUUAUUUUUGGAUUAGGCUGGGGGAGCUUCAGAAUAGCAAGAGUCAGACCUGCUUGUUACAACUGAUGCAUCGGUGUUUGGGCUGUUUUCCCCCCUCUUGCGUCAUGUGCAACAGAGUACUGUGUUUCAAGGGCAUUGGAGCAUUUUAGUGAAGCCAACGGAACAGCCACAUUUUUGUGCUAGACUAUGCAGAUGAUUCUUAGUAACGUUUUAAAAAUAGGCCUCUUUUCAACAACACUGUAAGCCAAAGUAUGGCAUAGCAAGAAUAUGCACUGUUUGUGUGAUCUUGCUAAGCCAUAGUUUAACUUACUAUUUCAGGUGAACCAGUUUAGGCAAUGUCACUUUCUAUAUUCGUUUUGUUUUGUAGUUGAAAUGAUGAUGAUGAUGAUGAUAAUAAUAAUAAUAAUGUAUUAGUAAGUGUGCAUAGCUUUUUAUGAUAUAUUUGAACGCUGUUUCCAGUAUCAGAUACAAAUAUAUUCAGUCAGUACACAGGUUCCUCAGGUCAUGACUUCUGAUAAACUAUGACUUGUACUUUGAUUUACAGUAUAUAUGAAUAUCAUGUCAGUUAUGGAGGGCUAUACAUUGUUUAAUUUAUUGCUUAUCUUCUUUAACACUUGCAAAGGGGGACUGGAAGAGGUGUCUGUUUGUUUGUUUUUAGUUUUCCCACUUGAUUAUUACUUGAUUGUUUUGAAGAAAAAUUGGUAAAUUACAGGCAGUGUUCGAAAUUAGCCAGGCGCUGGGCGCAUUUUGCACCUGGCUAUUGGCGCUGUGGGUUAAACCACAGAGCCUAGGACUUGCCGAUCAGAAGGUCGGUGGUUCGAAUCCCAGCAACGGGGUGAGCUCCCGUUGUUCGGUCCCAGAUCCUGCCAACCUAGCAGUUCGAAAGCACGUCAAAGUGCAAGUAGAUAAAUAGGUACCGCUCCGGUGGGAAGGUAAAUGGUGUUUCUGUGCGCUGCUCUGGUUCACCAGAAGCGGCUUAGUCAUGCUGGCCACAUGACCUGGAAGCUGUACGCUGGCUCCCUUGGCCAAUAAAGCGAGAUGAGCACCGCAACCCCAGAGUCGGUCAUGACUGGACCAAAUGGUCAGGGGACCCUUUACCUUUAUUGGCCACUUGAGACCAAGUGAAGAUACCUGGGUGCCAGGAUCCCCCUGUGCUAUUGGGAGAGUCAGAUUUUAGCUGGCACUAACAAUAUGCACAAUUCAUUUUCAGCUUUGUAAUCUUGCGCAAAAAGGGUUCCCAAACAUUCCUUUAGUGCACCCGUAACCCAGGUUUAAGCGAAUAGCUUUUAUAUCUCAGUUUCUAACACUAGUUGCUGCAUCCAUAAGGCCCUACUGCAUCAUGGUGUCUAUGCUUUUGUCUGUAUGCAUUGUGCCAGUAGACAGUAAAACGCCAGGAAAAGCAUAGAUGUAAAAUAUGUGCUCAACAGCAUUGUCUUACCUUACUUGAUGUUGGUUUUUCAUGUCUAACUGCAAUUGCUGUCUAUAUCAAAGCCCUUUUUAACUUCAAAGGGCCGGUUUAACCUUGCAGCCCAUUUUGAUAGGUAGGCACGGCAUACUUUUAGAUGUGAUCAAAUGGUCUGAAUCAAAACAAAAACUAAUUCCUCCUUGACAGUUCCCUACAGUUCUUGUUUUGGGAAUUUGGGUGUUUUGAGCUGCUCUUUACUAAGGUAUUUCUUUAAUCCACACUGUUAAGAUCAUUGAGAGGCAAGUAGUAGCAUGCCCAUUUUGACUUUGUAUGUAGGAACUUUGUUUUACUUUUUAUUUCUUUUAACAGAGACGUUCUUUCAGGUUAGGUUAGUUUUUUUUAGGUUAGUCUUUUUCUCUGUGUGGCUUCUAGUUCACUGUCUGUGACCGGUGAAACCAAGGUAUGAUAGUUUGUUCAUGGCCCUAAUUAAGACCUCAUUCUGUCAAGUGUCCAGUUGGCUGCUUUUCUAAAAGCUUGUGUUUCUGGAAAGGCAAGAAUAGAACUUUGGAAAGGCAUUCUAGGUGACUUUUGCCUGCGCAUAGGAACUCUUUGAAAGCUGCCUUAAACUUGAGCUCCAAUAUUUGGCUCUGCUACAAGCGACUAUGUGGCUGGGGGGCAACUCAGUUAAUGACUUUGACAGCUCUCUUUUGCCUGAAACAAGUGUCAGCAUUAAUUGCUGUAUAUGUAAUGCUUAAUAAAAGUUGUAAUAGGAUAGUGAAGCUAAUAUUAAGAAGGUCUGCUCAGUCUGUGAGCAGAAACCAACUUGCUCAUCAAGACCCUUAACUGAUACAACAUUUAAUCUAAGGUUUUGCAGUGAGCAGCAGGCCUGUGCAUUUCCAUCCCCUAUCCUCCUCUGGCAUGACCACAGUUUUGUGAUUUAGAAGUUUUCACUUUCCAUUUUUAAGCUAAGUAAUGUUCCUUGUGGUGACUGAACUUGGGGAAACAAGGCAGGUUCAUAAAUUACAGAUUGAAACUGGAUUUUUAACAAGACUAACCACAGUUCUCCGAGUUGGGAAAUAACAAAGAUCUCUUGUUUUGAAGCAUCCACUUGUGCUUUUACUCUCCUUUUCAUGAUUGCAUUGAACAAGUGGAAUGCAGAGUGUGUGAUGCUACAUGUGCACAACAUGUUGAAGGUAUGUUUCAGGUCUGUUUUAAUAUAUGGUGAUAUUUCAUAGGCUGCACAUUUAAAGAAAUGCCCCAGCACACGUGCAAAAAUGUGGCUGGUAUUUUGGAAGAGCUUUUCAUAUAGCUCUAUUGUUGGCUUCAAAACAGGUAGUAUCUCACAGACUCAAGCCAUUAAAAAAAUAAAAUAAAAUGGCACACAGUUGCACCAAUGCAUGAUGAAAGCAAAACUAAAAGGUGCUGCACCAGAUUGGUUUUAUUCCUAGAAAUGAUCCAAUGAGCGUUGAGUUUUUCAGCUAUUCAAAAUUACAUUUUCCAACUUUUGCAACUUUCCCCCAGAAAGAAGAAUUGCUUUCUUUCUUUCCUCCACCAAAGAGUCUUUUGCUGUUUGAUUUCUGUGUCUGUGGAAAAACGAGAAUCUGCAUGCUUUGCAGAAAAGAAAAUGCCUGUUGAGAAAAGCUGUAAAGGUCAAAACCAGUCUAUUACUGCAUGUUUGAGGGGUUUUGCUCUUUGUAUUCUUUUUCUUUUGGGAGGGGGCAGGGGAAGCCAUAUGAUGUAAGAAUAUUGUAGUGUAGAAUUGGUAUUCUACUCACCUAAAAGUUCCUAAUUUUAACAAUAGGUGUACAGAUAAUUUCGAAGUGGUCUUUAAAAGCCAUGCCUUGCUUGAAAAAAAAAAGUCAAUGAGGAUAACGCAUAGUGUCAAGAGCCUGUACCGGGGGUCAGCAAACUUUUUCAGAAGGGGGCCGGCCACAGUCCCUCAGACCUUGUGGGGGGCUGGACCCACCCUCUCCCCAAAGCACCCCCCUCUCCUGAAAGGACCCCCGCUGCCGCCACUCACACUGACACCGCAUCGUCUUCGGCAGCAUCGGUGGUGUCCUCUGUCUCGGCAGGGCGUAGAGCCCAUGCCACUGGCCUGGGUGGCGGAGGCAGCCUCUGUGCCGCUGCUGCGGUGGCUGAGCGGGAGGAAGCGGUCAAGUGGGAAGAGCUGAGCGGGAGGAAGCGGCAGUGGUGCAGAGGCCGUGCCAGUGUUGCCGCCCACCCAGAGGCAUCCGCUGCUUCUGAUUGGCUGCAGGAGCUUCCUGCAGCCAAUCAGAAGCCGUGUCGCAUCAUGGAAGUCAUUCACUGUGUGGCGAGGCCUCCGCACCGGUUUAGCACAGGGACUGACCACGUGGGCAGCAAGGUCCACGGGCCAGAUUAACAAGCCCAGAGAGCUGCAUCCGGCCCACGGGCCUUAGCUUGCCGACCCCUGGCCUAUACUUAGUUUUUGCUUACUCCUUGAGAUUAGGAACAACGACCACUUAAGUAUCAGUGCCUCCAGGCUACUUCACAUUUCACUUUUCUUACAGAAAUAUUAAUUCCAUCAAAGGAGCAGUCUGCAUAGCUCAUAUAUGCAUGUUGCCACUCCCUGCUGUAAGUGUAAUGCAAAGUAUUCUGCUAAUGUUGCAAAGUAUAAGCUUGCUGGAAAUACACAGGUAUUUACAGAAUUAGAGAAAAUGGUUUCAGUUUAUUAUAUUAGCAACAGCUGAAUUUGGAGAUGGUAUGUUGAGCAGCUGGGCAUUUCCUUUUCUGCUGCAGAGCUUGUGAUCCAAUCAGUUGCUUUCUUGAAUGAUAUGGAAGCUUGAAAAAUAUGACCCAGAUGUUUUUGGUGGCUGUCAAAACUGGGGACAUUUGAAGCAAAAGGAUAAGGAAAGUUGGAAGCAGAUUGGGAUGAAGUGAAAUAUUCUGCUGUAGACAUAAGCAUAGAACCAAGGUCCAUGGCGGUUCCUUCCUUCUCAUGCAAGUAGUGCCAAACCAUGGUUUUGUUUGAUGUGCAGAGACAGACAGUAUGUUGCUUAGUGUGAGAUGUGUGUAAUAGACAUGCUCUGUGUGCUAAAAUAACUUGGAGAAGAAGAGAACUAAAACUCUAUUUAGGUCUAUACCACCUUGGCUGCUUUCUCACUAGGAUUGAACCAAGUUAUCUGGGGGGAGAAUUUUUGGCAAGAAAAGGGACAUUUAGAGGGCUGGCAAGCUUACAUGCAAGGGAUGCGGGUGGCGCUGUGGGUUAAACCACAGAGCGUAGGACUUGCCGAUCAGAAGGUCAGCGGUUCGAAUCUCCGCGACGGGGUGAGCUCCCAUUGCUCAGUCCCUGCUCCUGCCAACCUAGCAGUUCGAAAGCAUGUCAAAGUGCAAGUAGAUAAAUAGGUACCGGUCCGGUGGUAAGGUAAACGGCGUUUCCGUGCGCUGCUCUGGUUCUCCAGAAGUGGCUUAGUCAUGCUGGCCACAUGACCUGGAAGCUGUACGCCGGCUCCCUCGGCCAAUAAAGCGAGAUGAGCGCCGCAACACCAGAGUCGUCCACAACUGGACCUAAUGUUCAGGGGUCUCUUUACCUUUACCUUUAAGCUUACAUGCAUUCCCCCCCCCCUGCACCUGUUAUGUUACCUGUCUCUCAGGAGCUGCUUUGGUACCAUUUCCUAAACAAAGUGUCUUUCCCCCCUUCCCAUCCCCAUUCUUGCUGUCGAUGUGCUCUCAGCCAAUCAAGGAGCACAUAGCCAGCACAAUGAUCUCAUCAAGGGCAAAUGAGGCCUUUGCAUUGUUUCGCUUUGAAUGGAGGGGAUGGGGUAAGUGGAAGUGUUGGCCUGUUGCAAAGGCAACCAUGCUGUUGCUCCCUGUUCCACUACACAGUGCUGGCAGGCGAUGAAUCUCUCUGGGGAGUUUGGCAUGCAGAGAAGGCUUCCGUGCAACUGUCACUUACUUCGUGAAGAACUGCAUCUUAAACGGGAUGCAUUUUUGAAUGCAAAUGUCUCCGUACUGCAUUGACUUCUGUGGGAUCCAGACACAAUAUGAGUAUACUAAUGCACAUCCCAUUGAAUGCAAUGUAGCGCAGCAUCUAGUAUCUAUACUGGGACAAGGAUUCCUAUAUGUUUUUAUCUGUAAGCAGCAACUUUGAUCCAGUAAAUGGAAGGCACACACAAGCCUGGUUCUGCAAACUACACUCUGUAAUUGGAUCAGGUCGUCUGUCCCAUCCAGGCCAUGCUGUAUUUGAUUUUCUGCCACUGCAGCAAGAUGGGGAAGUGUUAGUGUAGUUGUUCUGGCGCAUGCUUGUGCAUUCCCUUCUUCCUCUCUCCAGACAAUUUCCUGUCCGUCCUCCCUGCAAAAUCACUGGAAAAAGUAAAGGUUGUUUUCAAGAACGUGAAUGUCCAUAGCUUUCCUCUCCCUGUUUGGUUCAACUUUAAUUGUGACAUCAGAGGAGUUAAGUCAGAGGAAGCUACAUAGAUCAUGAUGCUUUUGCCCGAAAAGCCCUAGUAUGAAAGCAGAGAAUAUCAGCUGCUGCCAUAGGUAUAGUGUCAUCAGUUUCUGGAGCAAACAGACAAGAGAAGUUGAAGCAUGCUGCAAGAUUUUAAUGAGAAAACAAAAAUACAGGCUGUUACAUUUAUGAAUUCUUCAGUGAAUGCGUAGAAAUGACAAUUGAACCCCUACCAUAAUUAGAUUUGUGGUGUACAGUGUAUGUUGCAGAAUAAAGACAAAUUGAGAGGAGGAGGAUGGCAAGAUAAUUCUGCAUAAAUCACUUUUGUUUCUGUCUCGGAGACAUAUGAAAGAGACAAGAUGAUGUAAAAAUAAAAUAAAAUCCAAACCUGAGUGGUUGAAAGGACAAUCUGAGGGCUGAUUCUGAUUUCCCUACAGUUUUCAUUAUUGAGAACCAGGGAGAAAAUGUGUGCCAUAUUUUCAGUUUGUCUUUUCACAAAGUGUUGACAGGCACAAAUAGUAAAGACGCUUGUUUUUCCUUGGUGCGUAGCAGUAAUAACAAUGUGACUGUCUCCUAGAUCCCUCAUUGUUAAUGCCUUGAUUUACUGGAAUGCGCAGGGACCAUUAGGGUUCUAAAGGAAAUAAUUCAUUGAAAAAUAUACAGUACAAUGCAAGUGAAAUCCAUGAGAGAUUACAGCCCCAUCUGAAGAGCUGAUGUGGUUCAGUAACUGGAGAGAUGGGGAGAAAAUUUCAUUUGUCAUGGACUUGUUUUUGGCAGGUCAUGGUCUGUCACCCUUGGUUCCCUUUCUUAAAACGGGGAUAAUAGUCAUCACAAAGCUGUUGUGAGAGCACAAUAAAGCUUGUAAAGCACUUUGCCAUUGCCAGCCCUUUAUAAAUAACAAGUAGCAACAAUACUUAGCAUUUAAUCAAUUGAUGCAGUCUCUCUGCCUAGAAGAAAACUGGCAGCUAGCAACCUUGCCGUUCGAAAGCCUUGUCUGAUCGCCAGUGGUGUGUCUUUUUGUGUUCAUAGUACAUUUAAUGUGUUACCACUUCAAACUUUGCCUAUCCAAACAAGGAAAAGUAAACUUUAGAAACUGCUCAAAUGUAAUUUUUUAAGAUAUUGUUAAUUGUGUAGCUUUUUUUUUUAUAGUUGUAGGGCUGUUAUGCUGGCCACUGAGGUCAGGAAACUAGUAGAACAGUCCUCUGUUAAAGUUAAGCAACUAAGAGUUUUGCUUUACAAUGUCUGUAUCUUUUUAUUAUGUCUUUAUUUAUGGCAGUUCUAAACAGUUUUCAUAUUAAAAAAAAAUACUCAGUUUGUCCCACAAAACACAUUUUGAACAAGAAGACGGCUAAAGACUCAGCAAUAAAAGGAAUAAAUAAUAAAAGGUAUAGUGGAAAACCAGAGCCGUUUUAUAGAAAAUAGCAAAUUAGUCUUUUGUAAUGGUCAGCAACCUGCAAUACCAGUUGAAGCCAGCCAUUUGAGGCUACAAUUCUGUACAAACUUGCUUACGAGUAGACAUUCAUAGGACUGCAUUGUUGGUGACCCUUGGAAGAGUUUUGGUGUACCCUGACAUGUGCACAGGCAUUUUUUGUUGCUGUAACGCCUUUUCACAGAUUUUCCAAGCAUGCUGCAUAAAAUGGGUGGCAGAAUGAUAGUGGACAUGCCUGUUAACAUGGACACCAGGAAAAUAAUUUUGAAAGGGACUGGCUGCCUAAAGAGUUUGUCCCCCACUGAUGUAGUGAAAUGCUGUUUCAUGCUUAUCCGUUGGAUGAGGACAAUUACAGGAAGGAUAACAAACCUGCGACUUUCAUGAAGAUGCCUUCUCGCUGCAGGCUUUUCUUCUGAUGAAAGGAUUAAUGUGAAACUAAUUGAAGGCCAGAAAGGUCUCUGUGGUUGGUUGAGUGUGCUGAUCUAAUCUUUCAAAGAUGAGGUGAAUAACGUAAUUUUGGAUUUACAGUGGCAUUUCUCUGAGUCUUGCUUUUGAAUAGUAUUUUUUUCAUACUCAUCUAUAGAAAGAAGGCCAAUAAGUCCAAACAUCAUGAAUGCUGCUACUAAAUACUUGAAUAGCCACCUUCAGUUUUGCAGAAGUAAUACCUCUGUUCUGUAGUGUGGAAAAUGUUUUCGUAUCUGAAUGAGCCCCCGAAUUCCCCACUUGUUAGUUUGAAAACACUCAUGAGGGUUAUAGAUGGGAGGAACUACUUUGUGAAUUUCUUAAAAGCUGUUAACACCUGUUGUAUAACUUUAGUUUUCGUUACAAAACUUUAGAUUUAGCUCCAUUUUGCAGUUAAAGACAAACCUACCUAAUUUGCACACUGGAAAACAGUAAUUGAAUCAUAUCCUGCCUGGUAAGGAGCAGAACUGUCCAAGAAGUUUAGAUUGCACAACUUCCAAUGGCUUGUGACAAAUUCUAAUUUUGGAAGUUAAUUGCUGGUUGUGUUACUGGGGGUGGUGAGGGAAGGGAGGAAUCUGGUACAUCAGUAUGUGUGCAAUUAGAGCUUAGGACAUUAAGGCUGAAAUCCUGUACCCACUUAACCUGUGAGCAAGUCUAAUUGAAAUCAUUGGAAUCUUUGAGUAGGCAUGCAUAGGAUGGAAUCCAGGACUUGCUUAGAGGAACAGGUGAGGUGUUAAGGGCUCCUGUGCAUGUUGUAUAAGAAUAUUUAUAAAGGCACAACUCUGGCAACAGAUAAACCUUAUUUUAUUUUCUUCUUGUUGCUUCUAUUUAACUCCCAAAUAUGAUUCUGAGCUUCAUGGGAGUAUCUAGAAUUUGUGGCUGCUUAAGAACAGCUAUGCACAUUUGUUUUAUGGUUGAAAUCAUUUAGUAUAAACAAGAAUUUUAAUUAAUGCAGCUCAUUAAUAACUGUUAUAAGCAAGCAGAUGCUCAGUGCUGCUAUCAUUGGCUUUUUACAUAAAAUGUGCACUUCCAUAUUCAUUGCUACAGAUUCUAUCGUGGUAAGGGAAUAUUAAUGACCGUAAAGUUUGUGUGUCAAAUUAUUGUAUGUACUAUUGUGUUCGAAUUCAUUUUCUGUAGUGCUCAUUAUUUGAAAUGUCAUCUGUCUUACCAUAAAUGGCAUUUAUCAGAAUGCCUCUUUCUGUAAUACUUAAUGAAAUAAUCUGGUGUUGGAGUGGGCACUGUGUAAUAGGAAUUUAGUUACAGAUUUUCCAGCUAUCAAACAUUGUUUUACCUCCACCGCCCCCCGCCAAAUUUCAUCUACAACUAUGAAUAUUAGAUUUUGUUUUUUAUCAGAUAAGUUGGAAAACGAGUGCCUGCACUCAAAACCGAAGCUACUUUUUUAUAUGAAAUAAUUAAUAACCUUAAUAGCUAAUGGCUGCUUUGAACGCUUGAAUUUUCCGGUCGAAAAUGGUCAUGGAAAUGCUAAUCGUUCUGACCAAAGACAUGACCAUUUUUGACCAGAAAAUUCAAGCGUUCAAAGUAGAAGACAGGGGCUGGCCUUCAGUUUCCUACUCUAAACCUUCCCAGUUCUCAUAGCAGCUACUCCAAGUUGCAAUUUCAAGUUUAUGUAGUAAAAUACAACCCAGGUGUUCCAUGGAACAAACCUGUGGAACAAUGAGACACUAGGGUAGCAGACAUUUUGAGGUAGUUGUGAGUCGCAUGGUGUUGAAUAAAACUUGCACCACGCUUUGAUGGGCAUAGUUUUCCUCAGCAGAAAAUUAUAAGCUGUCAGCCAGUGACACACUGGAGCUGGACAGGUCCCCUGCUGGGCAACCAUCACAGUGAGAAGUCUCCAAGUGGAGAAGAAACAAGAAAGGUACAUACAAUCCGUACCCUGCGGGUUCAGCAAAAAGAGUGGGGAAACAGUCCUGUUUGACCAAGCCACCUCAGUUGACUGUGGCAUACAACUCCCAGGCAAAGCAAAUCCGCUGGAUGCAAAGCUGGGGUCGCUAAGGCCUUUCAUGUAAACCACACAACGGCCCAACAAAAUUGUGGGGCGAGGUGUUCACCACUGAUGAACCCACUGGUGGUUCUGGCAGGCAUCAUUAGCAGAGCAGGUGAAGUAAAUGCUGAGGUAAAAUAUCACCCCCAAAAUGGCUGUCCUGCUUCUAGAGGUUCUGGACAGGCUGCACCAUCUCUUGAGUGUUGAAGGAAGAGAACGCUCCAAGCACAAGGAACCGACUUCUCAGAACUGCUCCCCAUUCCCUUCCCUAAAAAUAAGACUGUGGGGAUAAGUUUUUGAGAGACAAAUCUCUCUCUCUCUCUCUUUUGAUGGAGUUACAAGUUUGGUGGAUCAGGGCAUGCUUUUUGACAAAGUCUCCCAUGAUAUUCUUACAGAGAAGCUGGUAAAAAGUGGACUGAGUGAGGUGGAUUUGUAGUUGGUUGACUGACCGAACCCAAAGAGUGCUCACUAAUGGUUCUUUGUCAUCUUGGAAGAAAAGUGACAAGUGGGGUAUGCCACAUGGUAGAUACCAAGACAGUGUUGGAAUCUUUCAGGGCGAAGGCAUAGUUCCAGGGUUUAUACUUUUUGGUAUGUGGUCCUUUGAUGCUGCUGUGUUAUUACUUAGAAUGUAGAAAGGAGAGAGAUUCCUGUGAGCGAGGAAAAGCCUGUCAAUACCAGUCCUUGUGAAGGAAGUAUUGUUGUUCAAGAUGGCUGUAGAACCCAUGGUGUAGUUUUACCUGGGAGCUUGUAGAUGUUCUUCCUUUCUCUCCUGAGCCUGUCCUGUCUACGCCUGUCUACAUUAAAAUACGCUUACAGGCUGGCUGUAGAAAGACGCUUCCAUCAACAGUAUGAAAGUAUCUACUUUAAUAAGGUUACAAGAUGGUCUAAGUGCCCUUUUUAAAAACAAAUUAAUCCCAUAGUGCAUAUGGGACUAUUACCACCUUUGUACAGUGGUACCUCUGGAUACGAAUGGGAUCCGUUCUAGAGCCCCGUUCGCAUCCUGAAGCGAACGCAACCCACACCUGUGGGUUGCGAUUUACCACUUCUGCACAUGUGCGUGACGUCAUUUUGACCGUCUGCACAUGCACGAGCGGCGAAACCCGGAAGUAACGCGUUCCAUUACUUCCAGGUCGCCGUGGAGCGCAACCCAAAAACGCUCAACCUGAAGCAUCUUCAACCCGAUGUAUGACUGUACUGUGAUAAUCUCGGAUAGCAUUACCAUAUUUUUCCGUCUAUAAGACCCCCCCCCCCCAUUUUUGGGGACUAAAUUUUAAGAAAAUGAGGGGAGAUGGCCCAAAGUUGUUGAGCUUCUCCCCCAAUACAGCCACUGGACUUGUUGUGGGGAAAGAAUGUUCUUAGCAUGUGUGUGUGUAUGUGUGCCUGAUCAUCCAUAGCUUUAAAGAUUUUUUAAAAAGCUUAUAUUACUCUCCAAUGCACUUACAUGAUAAUUUAAUAACUACUUUACCUUCUCUCUUUCAGAUAUUGUUUUGUUUUUGCUUUGGGAUACCUCACUGUGUGCCAAAUUUCUAGAGUCUAUAUCUUUGAUUACGGACAAUAUUCUGCUGAUUUUUCUGGGUAAGAAUAAAUAAUACUUUCUAUAUCCCAGGUGUUUCUCUAGCUAAAUAUAGUGGAUUGUAUCCAAUUAAGACAGAUUCAGAGCAGACCCAUUAAAAUCAAUUGACAUUAGUUAUGUAUUAGUUGGAUACAACCCAUUGAGGAUGGAUAGAUAGAUAGAUAGAUAGAUAGAUAGAUAGAUAGAUAGACAGAUGAGUUAAACAUGUUUUCCUGGAACUGUAUACAUGUGUGCACAAUUUAAAAGUUCUUUAAUCAGUUUCUAUGGGUUUCUUUUGAGAUCUUUGCCUAUUUAUCUAUAAUAGGAGAAGAACUCUGUACAAUCCUCUCCAUGCAUGUAGCUUUAUACUGAGAUAUCUGUCUGGGAAGGACUGCUACCGCACAAAUUUCUACCUAGAUUCAUCACAGCUCCUUUUGGAGUUUAGAUAGAUGCAACAUAGGAAAUCCCUGGUGCCACUUUCCUGUGAAAAUCCUCCCGCCCAAAGCUGUUGUUUGCCAUUUGGGGCAAAGCAUUUAAUACUGCCUCUCCAUUUAACUUUGCGUAUGGUGAUGUGCAAUAAAAACACAAGUAUUAAAAAUUGCUCUCUUCAUGCUGUUCUCUUCAACCAAUCUAUCUGCCAACGUGCUUUUGUCAUCUUUCUCCUCUCCUUGGUACAAGAGGGUUUUGUAAAGCCUGUUGAGGGAGUCAAAAUCCCUCCUUUAUCUGUGGUUGGCGUGGGACCUCCAGAUUACCAUUUAUUUACACUGUGAAAAUGUGUUUUGAUUUUUCUAGUCUGAAUUGUGUAAUCAGGGAAUGGUGUUUCUCCUGAGUACUGAUGGAUCUUUGCUAUAUUGCUUUCUCUGUUAUUAUAAUUACCAUUACCCAAGUGACUAAAAGGCAGCAAACAAUGUCUUCCUCGACAUGCAGGAAAACCAAUAUGCUCCCUACAGGCUGGCUGUACAAAGACACUAAUUACUUUUUAUUGCUUUUAAAAUAAGUUCAAUUUUUCAAAGUCAGCUGCAUUCUAAUAUUUAUGGAGCAAAUAUGUGGCUGACGGCGUGUGUCUGACAGGCUCAAACAACACUACUAUAUUUACUAGGGGCAGCCGUUUUUUUCAGGUACCUCUACCUGGUGAGUAAUGCCCCAGAUUUGGGAGUGUCUCUUAAAAAAAAUAACCUAGACUUGCCAUUUGCCAGGUUUUAGUCUCUUCCAUUGGCUUUCAAGAACACCUGUGUAUAUGGGAAUGGCCUUCAUGGUAGGAAAUCAUGCAUUUUGUCUGUGGCAUAAAUAAAUGCAUAAACAUGAAUGCCAAGGAAUGGCUCAGACACCCUGAGAACAAGCAUUCAACAGGUUUGACUGCUCCAUCCUCUUCUUCACACUCUUCUGAUGAAGGAAUUCUGCCGCUGGUUUGUGGGAAACCAUGUUGUUGUUUUUACCCCAAUCACAAGGCUUGUCCACAAAUCAAGGUUGGAAAUAAAUGGCAACCCUGAUCAAGCUGUUAUCUUGUUAUGCUAGCUCAAAUGAAAUGGUCAUUUGUUUUCUUACACUUGUCAUCCCACCCUUCCUCCAAGGUCUCCCUUCUUUUAACCUGUGUAUAUAUCUGGCAAAAAGAGGAAACCCAAUAGGUUUCCUUUGGGGAAGCAUUCCACAGUUGCAUAACCACCACGGAAAGGUCAUGCUUAGUUGCUGAAUAGCCCAGAAUAGCUUCAAAAUCAAAGCCUCUUGACAAUGAUCUGAAUUCCUGGGCAUCAAACAAUAUAGUUGGUUGGUUUAGUAUUGAUGCUAAUGCCACUGGUUUCUCUUCCACACAGGCUUACCUAAGACCUACCCAUAAAAAGACUUCUAGUGGCAUGUUUUAAAAACAAAUUAAUGGCACGUUCAGUUCUAUCUUUCUGUUGGAAAGCAAUACUUUUAUGGGUGAGAUCUGCAUGUUCUGUUUCUGAAGUCUUUUAUUUUUUCAUUUCCCUCUCACUUUGUCACAGCCCAAUGAUGAUAAUUACACAGAAAAUCACAAGCUUGGCGUAUGAAAUUCAUGAUGGUAAGACUUUGGGGGGCCGGGGGCAGGACGGUGAGCUAAAUCCUCUCUUGUUAAUGCCUUCUCUUGCGGUGUGGAACAUAAGCCAUGUGGCCAUGUUUAUUUUCACAUGUCUUUAACAGGAAUUGGAGAUGCAUAAUUGUACCAAUAUGUUUAACUGUUAAUGAGGGGAAUGCUAUGUGACAGUAAACAACAACAACAACAACAAAAUACGACAGCCAGAACUAUGUAAAAAUUCUCAAGGAAGCUUCUUUGCUCAUGCUGAACAUGGAGCAGGUCAUGCAAGGAUAUCCUUUAUUCUCUAUUCUGGCAGUUCUUUACAAUAGGUGAAGGAGUUGUGCUUAUUGCCAAAUUAACAAAACAGAUAACUGGUGACUGUAAGGGCUGAAUACUAUACCACUACUUAGCUGUUCUGUGCCUUGUUCAACUGUUCUUGGUUUUUGUAUGCAAUAUGUAUCUAGCAAUAUUGUGGUAUGUAAAGUUAUGAAGACAGAUAAUAAAAGAGUUCAGAUAUACUAAACUAUAGCUGUCGUGACUGAUCAGUUUAGAUAGCCACUCUUAUAAGGAGGAGGAUGUUUUGGGACUAAGCACCGUAUUUUUCGUUCUAUAAGACGCACCAGACCACAAGACGCACCUAGUUUUUGGAGGAGGAAAACAAGAAAAAAAAUAUUCUGAAUCUCAGAGGCCAGAACAGCAAGAGGGAUCGCUACGCAGUGAAAGCAGCAAUCCCUCUUGCUGUUCUGGCUUCUGUGAUAGCUGUGCAGCCUACAUUCGCUCCAUAAGACGCACACACAUUUCCCCUUACUUUUUAGGAGGGAAAAGGUGAGUCUUAUAGAGCAAAAAAUACGGUAAGUUACCCAGUUCACCUGAAGAAAAAAAAUAGGGACAUAAUGCUAAAUCAAGGUUUAGUGUUAGAAAAAUCUCGACAGUCGUUGGGCUUUUAUGUUCCCCUCUUCAGUGAGGAGAACAGAACCUUCCAUGGUGGAUAAGCUGCAAUUUUAUCAUGCCCCCAAACCCUACAUUAAUCUUAACUAAGGUUACUUGAAGCAAGCCUGCUUUUUAAACCAUGGUUUGCAGUUGGUUGGUUUCCACUGACCAUAGUUAACAUUCACUGUAGCUUGUCCAGAUUUGAACAAUACACCAAGCUGCAGUUUAUCUACGAGGGAAAUGUAAGCUACUGAGCUCCUUCUUUAUGGCUGCACUGAGGUGCGUUGGGGAGUCCGAUGGCCCAAGGUUUACCGCAACCCAUUCUUGUGACGCCAAGUUAUGGUUUGGCAUCAGUGUUGGACCCAGCCCAAUACGUUACACUCCCAUUUCUUUCCUCAACCCGCAGGAAUGUUUCGAAAGGAGGAAGAACUGACACAAUCACAGCGAUGCUUAGCUGUGAGGUAAGUUUUCUCUGCUUCAGUGUAAGCUGCCACCUGGCCCCUCAGACCUGCAAUUGGCCAUUCUGCAGAAAACAGGAAGCUAAGGAGACCCCUUAAAACUCUGGGUUGCAUUCUGCUCAUUUGUGUAAAGUACAAAUGAAGCCAUUUUGAGUUUUUCACCCCCAAAAAGUAGGAAAGAAUAAUAUGCUUUGAAUUAAUAACUUUGGAUAUAUUAUGCUAUAGAGACUAAUGCAGCUCACUUUACAUUUGAUAUGAGUCAAUUCCUCCCAGACCCUUUAUUUAUAUAGACAAGUUUCUAAUAGAGUGUUGACUCACCCCUUGGAUUUCCCCUUCAUUCCAGAAAUCAAACCCCGUUAAAUAAUGCCUGUUAAGAGAAAUCAAUAAAGUUUGGCUUCAGGAUUAAGGGGAUUAAGGAUUAAGGCUGCACUGGCUCCCGGUGGAGUACAGGAUCAGGUUUAAGGUGCUGGUUUUAACCUUCAAAGCCCUGUAUGGCCUAGGACCCUCAUACCUACGGGACCGCCUCCUUUGGUAUGCCCCACAGAGAAACUUACGGUAUGCAAACAACAACACUCGGAAGAUCCCAGGGAAAUUAGACUGACCUCAACCAGAGCCAGGGCCUUUUCGGUCGUGGCCCCAGCCUGGUGAACGCUAUCCCACAAGAGUCUAGGGGCCUGUAAAUAGAAGUAAUUGCAACUAGAAUACAAUCAGUGUGUGGUUUUAGUGUUGUUCUCUUAGAAAAUGUCAAUGAAAACCUCACCAGAUGCUUGUCUUUGAAUUACAGGCGCAUGCCAAGUCUGCUGGAGUAUUUAAGUUACAACUGUAAUUUCAUGGGUAUCCUGGCAGGCCCAUUAUGCUCUUAUAAAGACUAUAUUACUUUCAUUGAAGGCAGAUCAUACCAACUGACACAGUCUGAAGCAAAUGGGAAAGAAGAGAUAAAAUAUGAACAAACAGAUCCCUCUCCAAAUGUAAGAUCUACGGCUUUUUUUUGCUGUGCUGCUGUUCUUCUAGUGCAUGAGAAGCUUUGUUUGCGUUACGUGUUCUUUGCAGGCGCAACUCUCUCAAGCUGUAUCUUGAACAUGAGUGGUGAUCAUUCACGAAUGGCACAGUUCUGCCUUCAAAAAGAAAAUAUUACCUAUGUCUAAAAAGGUAGAUACUCUCCAUAGAUAAUCAUUAAUGGACCUUGUGGGCCAACGUAUAGUAGCCUCGGAAGCAGUUACAUAUUUCAAAAUGCACUUUUAAUGUAAUUUCCCUGCUGCUUCUAGUAUUAAUGAGUUCUUUUGCAGCAGCAGGCAAGAAGAAUGAAGGAAGAAACUAUGUACAGCAGUACCUCGGUUUUCAAACACCUCCGUUGACUAACGUUUCAGUUUUCGAACGCCGUAAAUGCUUCGGUUUUCGAACGCACCUUGGAAGUUGAACAUGAAAUGCAGCUUUCGUAUUGAGUUUUCCGUUUUGAGGCUUCUGUUUUCGAACGUUUCGGAGCUCAAAUGGUCUUCCAGAAUGGAUUACGUUCCAAAACUGAGGUACCACUGUACUUUUUGUUAGAUCUUAUAAUCUGAAGUAAUACAGGGUGGUAUUCCAACUAGUUUUAUCCCAGGGGACAUCCUUUGAAGUUAAUGAAUCUUAAGAUAGGGCCAUUGAAAUGAAUGAAUCUACUCUGAGUAAAACUUGGCUGAAUAGCUCCCUGUAUUAUUUUGGAUUCUAAGGUCUAACAAGUUUGUUUCAUUUGUUGCACUAGCAGAAUUUGUCAUGCUGGCUCCUGCCAGCACAACUGUUUAGUUGAAUCGGGCCCCAUAUCUGCUUAGAUGCAGUCUUUGACUUUAUCAUCUGCUGCUGUUUCCACUACCAUCCCCAAAGCUGGUGUAAAUAUUGGUGAUGGGAGAAGUUGCAGAGGAAAUGACUGAUGCCAAGCAUUGUGAACCAGGGUUAAAUGUGAGUUUGGGUGGCUCAACUCAUAGUAGCUAAGGGACUACUGAACUUCAGGAGUCCAUUGCCAACCUCCUCCACCGCCCUAGCCUAGAAAUGAGAAAAUCUUCUCUGUUCCUAACAUAGAACCAUGUGGUAGACAAAGAGAUGGCCCUUUGCAUUUUUACUGUAUAAACUUGCUAGAAAACUCCCAAGUGUUGGUCAAGCGCAGGGUCUAUAAUUGAGCCUUUAUAAAGAACUCUUACCUUCAAAAUCUCGGCCGAUCACACAGUACAGGUAAGUUAUCUUUAGCUGUAUUGCUCACAUGCUUGACAUUUUUAGUUACUUACGCUGCACUAGCUUUCUGACAUUACUUUUAAGGGAACCUGUGUUUGCUCUUGAUAUUUUACACUUCCCAACUGGCGUUAAAAGAGAAAUCUGGCUGCAUUUUAUAACGCCAGUGAGUAUUGUGUGCUUCUUGGGAAAUAACGUGGAUCGUACAACUCUUUGCCCCCUGCUGCGUUUGCUGUAUCAGGUUGCUAGCUCAACUUGCUUACUUACAUAAAAGAGUUGCACUUCAGUUUGCCAUCUUGCUGAAAUGCUUAUCUAAGUGGGGGAUUUUGGCUGAAUUUUCAUACUGAUUUUUUCUUUUAUUUUUAAGAAUAACCAUGCAUUGUUAGAUUAAGUUUAGCUUUCUUGGGUAAUGAGGAUCAGCAAAUGGGAAGCUCUAGAUGAAAGAACUCUCUUUCCCCUAAUCUAAUAAGCUUCCUUUCUCGUUUGAGUUUUAUUUCUGUAGCAUAAAAUUAACAACAGUCCCUUCUCCUUCUGCUAACUUCGUUAGGCGCAUGAUAUGAGCUUAAUGUAAGUUUCUACUGUGCUAAUUGCAUGUUAACUGAAUAUAGUCAACAUUCUCAAGUGAUUUUUACCUCAUAUCUCCCUCCUAUUGUGCCUUUUUACAAGCUAUCAUUUGUUGGUGCUCAAACUGGUGUCAACUGUCUGAAAUUAAUGUCUAUCUUCGUAAGUUUAUUUUUCUUAUAGCUAUUAGCUACCCUUAAACUCCCAUGUUCUUGUGGAACACAUCCCCUUUGCUUAUGGCUUCUUAGUAAUAUUUUUAGCUAUUUAACCCCUUGUUAAUUGCCUCAGUGUGUGUGUAACUCUUUGUGCAGCGGUCCCAAAUGCCACAAGCUUUGCUGAACUAAUUAUAUUUUGUGAAGCUGCCAAGCAAGCAUCAAAAUGAGCUCCACUCCAAACAGGUGCCUUAAAAUAAAGUUUUAACCACCUAGGACCCGCUUAAACAUCCACUGAGAUUAGUUGCUGUCUUUCCCAGUGGGACAUUGAAUCUUAGGCAUCAGAUACAGAGUUAACACAUAAAGUAAUAAUUUCUAAAAUGCUUUCAAGCGCUCAGAAUGUUUCAUAAUUUUGUGGGUGCCCAUUUAUGUGGAGUUAGUGUAGCAAAGUGGAGAGUGGUAUGGUAUAAUAUAAUUGGAUUUUUAAAAUUUUAUUUCAUGUUUAGCCCAUGGAUAUAUUUCAUGAAUACAUAUUCUGUGGAGGGCAGUAUACAUGUUUUCCAUCUAGAAACCGACCAGAUCUAAACCUGAUUAGCUUCGGCAGGGUUGUUGUAUCCUGUCCCUUCAGGCCAUGGUUGUGAAUUAUGACUCAGGAAAUCACAGCUUUAAAUCUCAGUCAUGAAUUAAUGGAGUGCCCUUUGGCAAGCCAUUGGCUGCAUUUUGACAUCACGCUAAGCUGUGGUUUAGCUAGAUGUGAACAUGUCUAGCCCCUCCUAGUUUUGUGUGCUUCUGCUUUUAGUUAAUUCCAAUUAGUUAUGCUAUCCAGACUUGACAAACGCUAGUUAAUCAUGCAAGUUUCAAAUAAGUCAACUUUAGACCCUGUUUUCUGAAACAGGUUUGUUUAAGCUAUCCACUGUUAAGAGCAGUUCCACAGCAAUCUGUGGCUAAACCAAAAUGGUAGCCAAAGCUUCUGAACUCCACCCAGCCUCAUGGGAAGAUGCUGGACAAAUCUGUAUCUCUAUUAUCUAUAUCUAUUUAGAAAAUUAAGAACAUCUAAAAGCAUUUUAAAACAGCCAAAUACCCUCACAACUAAUGAUUUCAAGGUUCUUGGAACAGUAUUUUUCAGUCGUCAUAUGACUGGGUAAAUAAGAGGGUUUUUUUAAAAUUUCUCCUGGGCAUUAAUGAGAGAGAAUGAUGGUGUCUUACCAAGGAAGGCAUUCCACAAGCAGGGAACUUGCCAGUGAGAAGGCCCUGUCAUGAAUCAUUGCUAAUUGGGCAGUCGUGGAUCAUUGCUAACUGCCCAUCAUCAGCCCUGAGAUGAUUGCUAUCAUAUCUUUCUUCUGAGCAUUUAUAGGACACCCUAUAACAGGUUUUAGGGUGGCUUACAGCAAAGUUUAAACAAAUUAAACAGUCAGUGAAACAGUAACACAAUGGAAAAUAUAAGCAAUAAAGCUAGUAUUGCUUUCAGGGUCAUUAUACUCUUACUGAAAUGACAUUGUGUGAAGAACUUGAGUAUUCAUCAUCAGCAUCAUCAGCUUUGUAUUGGAGGCUGAAAUGGUGACUUGCCCAAUGGGCCCCUGAUAAGCUGAGCAAGUAGCCGAAAUGAAACCAAUAUCCAAUCCCAGCACUCUGUGCUUCUUCACCACACCGACACAAUUACUGUAUUUUUUGCACCAUAACACUCACUUUUUUCCUCCUAGAAAGUAAGGGGAAAUGUCUGUGCAUGUUAUGGAGGGAAUGCCUACAGGUUGCGGGGGGGAUGUGCUGCAGUCGUGAGCAGAGGAUCUAUGGUUCCCCUUCCUUCCUUCCUCCGUGGCUCGCUUUGAAACAGCAAAGCGGGAGAAGAGCCGCUGAGUGGGGAGGAGAGAGGGACAGAGAGUCUGCUUCUUUAAAGGAGCAAAGCGGGAGAGGAGAGGAGCCGCUUACACUCGUGUCCGGUUGGUUCCUUUAAGGCAAGCAGGCUCUCUGUCCCUCUCUCCUCCCCACUCAGCUCGCUAAAUAGCAGCAAAGUUUUUCAGCUCGCUAAGCCGGGGAUGAGCGGGGAGGAGGAAGAAAAGCAGAGCCUGCUUGCUUUAAAGGAGCAAAGUGGGAGAGGAGAGGAGCCUUCUCCCCUUGUACCCCUCUUCUUCAUUAUUAGCAGCAUCCUUCUCCACCCACCCCACGCGUGCUCCUUGUCCCUUGAGUGCUUUUCCUUCCCUCCCCACUUAAAACAUGGUUACAAAGCACGGAUCCACAUGGAUCCUCAGGAUUUUUGCACUGGGUCACCCCAAAUUCACCAUCAGAUCACAUAGCAUGUCCAUGGCUACAUCUUGCACCAAAAAAAUCAAGCACCCACUGUUGCCUGGGGCUGCAGUGGUGCAAAAACAUGGUUACAAAGCAUGGAUCCACAUGGAUCCUCAGGAUUUUUGCAUUGGGCUACUCCAAACUCACUGUCAGAUCACAUGUCUGUGGCUACAGCAUGAACCACAAAAAUCAUACAUCCACUGUUUCGUUUAGAAUAUUUCUUUUCUUGUUUUCCUCCUCUAAAAACUAUGUGCGUGCUAUGGUCGAGUGCGUGUUAUAGAGCGAAAAAUACGGUAAGUAUUUUGACUUAACAAAAAAGAGAGACCAGCAUUUUAUAGAUAAAAACAGUAAACGAAGGAAGGUCAGUUGCUCAUGUUCAAACGUGGUGAAUAUGUAACUGGAAUGGAUCUUUGACAAUCACAAAAACUUAACACACAAAAUGGCCCAGUGCAAACUUAUGUAACAUACAGUAAGGCAGAAAACAAAUAGUCUUAUACAUAUGCAAUAAUUACCCAUUUGCAGGACAUUGCAGAAUCAUCAGACAUUCUUGUAAUGAAUAUAAUUGAUGGAUAGCCAGGAAAGAGCUGUUUUGAUUAAUUGUUCCUAGUGAGCAGGGCCAGCCCACACAUGAGGCAAGAGGAGGUGAGUGCCUCAGGCGGCAGGAUCCACAGGGGCUGCAGAUCCCAAUGUUGAUCUUUAUUUCUCUCUUGUUCCUGAUGUAGAUCUUCACUCGCCCCUUCUUGCAUGGUGGGGUGAGGGUGACACUAUUUUGGGGUCUGCCUCAGGUGCUAAAAUGUUUUGGGCUGGUCCUGAUACUGAGUAUAUAGUGCCCCUCCUACCUGUAACAUAGUUUUUAUUCCUUUUCCUCUUUAAACUGUUUAACAUGGUUGCGUUGAGAUACAUCUUUGUUUACGUUAGGGCAUAUGACAUGCAGCAAUUAAAUAAAUCUAAAACAACAAUGAACAAUCAGAUAAACGUUUCUAGCAUAUAGUAAUUUUAAUGGGAUUGCUUUAUUGUGUAUUUAAUUAUGGAUGUUUACAUAUAUUAAUGUCGGUGCAACUAGUUUUAUUCUUUCUAAAUUUGCAUAGAAGCUUAUUUUGAGAUAUAUAUAUAUAUAUAUAUAUAUAUAUAUAUAUUAUUUUAGAAAGUUUCCACUCUAAAAGGUACUGAAUGAACCACCCAUGUAUUUUGAAAACAUUGAUAAUUCAUAUUUCAUUUGCAAAGGAGUGUCACUUUGCUCACCCAAUGAAAUCUCUUUUAGAACAUUUUUUAUUGCCUAUAGAAAACUCAAACAAACUGAUGAGUUAAAAACAUCUCUUAAAAUCACUUUUGAAUAUCACUAAUGCAAAUUUUGAAACGUGCAAAAAAACUUUCUCAUUUUAAGGCUUGACUUUAAGAUAAAAAAUAUAUAUGUGAAAAAUGAUAAAUAUGUCAGAGUUGGCCCCCACUCUAAAAUGGGUUAAAUGAACAAAAAGCCAUAUUGAAUAAAAACCUACUCCAAUUUUCGGAUGAUUUCAUAUGAGCUCAAAAUUAUGUAACACAUGAAUUAAGGAACAAGUGCUGUUAAAGAAACGAGGACAAAUCUAAGUAAUAAUUUAGCUCUCUGAGGCAUUGUACCUAAGUUUACUUUCAUCAGCAAGUGUAUGAUUCCAGUUCUAGGAAUUUUUCUAUAUGUAGUUUAAAAAUCUGUUGAUAGAUUUGGCAUUUAUUUUCUAGUUUUGAUAAAUAGUAAUAGCUCAGAUUGUUACGAUUAGUUAAGACUGGCUAUUCUGAGAAAACAGCAUUAAGGAUUUCUGUACGUACCAAAAUAUAUUGACUUAUUUGAGGUCUCCUUUUGGCUAAACAUCUUUCAGAUCUUAAGAUCUAAAGUAUAAUCUUUCUCUCUCUCUCUGUUGCUCUCUCUCCUCCCCCCACAUGUGUGUGUAAAUUCUGUUUCAAAUAGAUAUAAAAUUCUGAUAGUUAGACUCUUGUAUUUCACAUGACCUUAAAGUGUCAGAUAUGAAAAUUAAAAGUCAUAAUGGAUUGACAUUUUGGAGGGAGCACAAGUCUUGUGACUUGAGUGACUGAAUUUUCUUUUGGAUGCUUUCCUGGCCAAGUUAUUUCUUGUCACUGUUGUUUACUUCUUAGAUCCAUUACAGCAAUGUAAUAUUUUGCUGUAGGCUCUUCCUUGCUUUCCCUGAAGGAGGAAGUUAUUUAUUUACAGGCUCAUAACAUGCAUAAAGAUUUUGGGAUCGGGAUAACACAGAUUGAAAACAAUUUGGAAAAACUUCAUUUAUCAUGACUGGGGAAAAACAGCUUCUGUAUCCAUUGUCUUCAUCCCUAAAAUACUGUUCUUAUUCAUAACACUAUCCUUGAAAAUAGAAAGCUCUAAACUCAUUGAAAUACAGAAAAGGAUCAUGAAAUUCAUAAGCUCCAAAUAAACCUAGUAGAGCAUCUAAUGAAAAUCUAUAUCACAGGAUAAACAGUGGAAGACUGGGAUUACCCAAUAAAAUAAGAUACAAUCAAGCUUCAGAACUGUGAUAGAUUCUGGAGUGGUUUGAAGAUAAUGAUAAUACACUAUGAAAGAUUGAACAGGAAUUUCAUAAGAAACAACUAUGGGAACUACUUUGGUUUAAACCAAAGAAUAUACAUGAUUGCACUUUUGCCUUGUUUGCAGAAGUUAACUCCAAGUUAACUGCGGAAGUUACCCUUGUUAUUAAAAAGUGAAUGUAGCAAACUAAAAUAAUAGACUGUUGAUCUCUCUGUCUGGAAAAAGCUAUAGACAGAAUUCAACGUAGCGCUAAGUGAGUUAUGCACAAUGGGAAUGAGGUCCACUCAUGCAGUAGGACUUCCCUCCUCUCCCCAACUUAUUACAAACUGAUAUAAAAGAAAGCAAUUUUAAAAAUUCACUUAAUUCUCUCCCAGAUGCAAGCACUAUAUAAGAGAAAAUGGGAACGGAACGUAAUGAAAUCCAACACUACAGUGUCAGAAGUAGUAUGGGAUUGGGUGUUUAAAAAAACACCCCAAUAACAUUAUUGCAUGUUAAUCUGAAAUGAAAUUCAUUUAAGGCAACACUUCAAUGUUAUUUGCCUACUUAUGGGCUGAGUAAAAUACACAGGCAAAUACUCCUCCUCCUACUACUACUACUGGAGAUGUAAAAGCUAAGGCAGAUUCUGUGCAUAUUUUCUGAAACUGCAUAAAACCCUUUAUUGCGUUUUGCAUAUAAUACAGGAAAUGACAGAAAUCCAAAAACAAUUCUUCUUGCUCUGAUCUGAAGUUAUUAAUGCUGAUCUCCAAUUGGUAGCAAGUAGCAACCCUGUUUAGCUCAGCAAUGGAGAAAUAAAGAUGAUCCAAAAAUCAUAGGAAAACAUGGGAGAAUGUUGCGAUGAUAAAGCUAACAUACAGCAGGAAUGCUAUGAAUUAUAAUUAUCAAAACAAACCUUGUUCAUUCAGCUUUGGGGAUGGAAGUACCUCCUUGCAACUCAUAUACACUAAUUUAACAAUUUAUCAUCAUGUAAAUUUCUGACCUUUCCCCUCAUCCCUCUGCUACUUUUAUUUUCUUACAUUCUUCUUCUUUUACUUAAUAUUAGUGGUUUGCAAUAUUUAAAAUUUCUUUUCUCUUUCCUGGUUUUCAAAUGAAAGUCACUUGAUAAAUUAACAGUGGAUUGCUGAAAACUCCUUAACCUUCCAGAAUUAAAACUUUAUAGCUGAUCAGAGAAAAGAACCUUGAGAAACAGAUAUUUGGUAACUCCAUAAAUGACAAAAUUCAUGCAGUUUGAAAGCUGCAAUCCUAUACUCACUUACCUGAGCGCAGGACUGGCCUACUCAUGAGGCAAGGUGGGGCGAUCACUUCAAGCAGCAGGAUCCUCUGGGUCAGCAAAUCCCAAUGUCCAUAUUUCCCCCCCCCCCUUUGUUACUGAGGUAGAUCUUCCCUCACCCCUUCUUCUCUGGUGGGGAGGGGGACGCUGUUUUGAGGCCCCAUCUGUUGCCACAUGUCUUCAGCCAGUUGCCUGAGAGUCAGUCCAACUGAACUCAGCAUGGCUUACUUCUCAGUACUCAUAAUGUACAGUUGCAGUGCACAUAAACUAACAGGAAGUCAUUUCAAGUACAUACCCCUCUUUUACCAGCACAGCUCUGCAUUUUUAUACAAGCACUAAUGCUUUAGAAGCUCUACUUCUUUUAAACUGACUCUUGCACUUCAGUAGCAUGCCUCUACAGACCUGUUCACAGCAGGUUUUAUUCUUAGAACAGUGUAAUUUUCACUUUUCUUUCUUUUUUUAAAAAUGAUAUUUAUUAAGCAUUUUAAAGUUACAAAAGAAACAAAGAAGAAAAAAAAACAAAGGAAAAGCAAACAGCAGUCAAACCAUACAAAUCAAUAAAAAUAAAAAAAAGACAAAACACAUCAAAAUCCAAAAAACAAAAGUAAACCACAAACAAUUAAAAACAGAUCCAAUAUUCCCAAAUCCACAACUGUCAUUGCCUUAUUUCAUCGACCUCCUCAAACCUCCCUUUUUUGUAUUCCAGUUAUUAAUUAUAACAGCAAAUCCUUCCCAUUUUUCAUAAUAUUCUGUCAUUAAAUUACCUUAAUCUAUUUUAACCUUAUCUUACUUUAAAAAACCCUAAAACUUAAAACUUAAAUCUUAUUUAUACCAAUUUCUCAUAACCAUAACAUAUUCUUGCAUAGUUCUUUUUAACAUUUCUGCUAAAGCCAAAUAGUUUCAUUCCAACAUUUUUCUAAUACUCAUUAAUUUUACAAAACAAUCCUAAAUAGAAAUUUUUAAAAAAACUUUCUUCCAAUCUUCCUCCAACGUCUCUUCCUCCUGGUCCCGGGUUUUGUCAGUCCUUUCUGUCUCAUCCAUUUAGUUCAUUAACCUGGUAAUCUUAUGUCCGAGGCCCUUAAGUCUCUUCCAUGUCCCUUCCGCAGAUCUUCAUAUUUAUACCUGUACUUUACUUUGUCUCCUGGUCCUUUCACUCAUGGAAACUCCAACUUGACAGUAUUUUUGUCCCUUCUCGACAGAUCAGCCCCUUUUCCAUAAUCCACACUGAACUCCAUGUGGUAUUUAAAAGCAUGUUUCAAAGUCCCUCCAAAGUUGGGGACCCCCACAACCCCAAACUCCUCACGGCCCAUUGCCAGACUUGGAAAGUCAAGACAUCCCUGCAUAGGGGGUAAUUUUCACUUUUCAAGUCUUGGUACGAGAUCAGAUUAGAUGGCAUUGAAUAGCAAGUUUUGGUUACCCCUUUCUCUCUUUUUACUUGAUUCCUAAUAUACUAAUCUUCUUAGAUUACAUGCAGCUCGACUGUAUAGUAUACAAUUGUUACUGCGUGCUGAAUUUUCCUCUUAACACCCCCCCCGCUUGAUUGCGUGAGAAGGUAUUAGUCUCAUAAACUUGGAACCCCUUCAGAUAUUUAUUUGCCUAUUUACCAUGUAUUAACAAAAAACCCCCAGACACAUUUGUAUAUGCCUUGGUAGGAAGAGAACUUUUCAAAAAUAUUGGCACUGUAUUUUAAGAUACCCUGACACUUGAAAACCAGCUUGCGAGGAAGAACUAAAUCUGUUUCAUGGGGAUGGUAUGUACAUGUGGGCAAUCUAGUCCAAUUUUGUCCAGUUCGUGCCCUGAGGCAUCAUCCUGCUUGGACAAGCCAGCAUCUGCCUAACACAUGAAUGCUCCUUCUGCCAACUCUGUCCUACCAUGAUGAAAGAGCAGGAACAAAUAUAGAAAACCUGCUUGUUUAGUUGUAGCGCUGCAACUGUUCUGAUUUGCUUGUUUCUGGAUAUUUAUAUCCUGCUCUUCUUCUGUGCGGACGCGGGUGGUGCUGUGGUCUAAACCACUGAGCCUAGGGCUUGCUGAUGGGAAGGUCGGCAGUUCGAAUCCCCGCAAUGGGGCGAGCUCCCGUUGUUCAGUCCCUGCUGCUGCCAACCUAGUAGCUCGAAAGCAUGUCAAAGUGCAAGUAGAUAAAUAGGUACCACUCCGGCGGGAAGGUAAAUGGCGUUUCCAUGCGCUGCUCUGGUUUCACCAGAAGCGGUUUAGUCAUGCUGGCCACAUGACCCUGAAAAACUGUCUGCGGACAAACGUCGGCUCCCUGGCCAGUAAAGCGAGAUGAGCGCCGCAACCCCAGAGUCGUUUGCGACUGGACUUAACAGUCAGAGGUCCUUUUCCUUUCUUUACCUUUACCUUUACUUCUUCUGUGCAGAAGGUAACUAGAGCAGCUUGCAGAAUGGAAACAACAAACAAUAACAACACAUGCGAUCCAGAGUAAAAUAUCAGAAAUAUGGGGAAGGGAUGUAGCUCAGUGGUCAAGUGGGUGCUUUUAUGAGCAGGCGAUCCCAGGUUUGGUCCUUUGCAUCUCUCAGGAAGGGGUGGCAGUGCCCUCUGCCUGAAAUCUCGGGUAGGUGAGACUGUGCUAGAUGGAGCAAUGGUUUGACUGGGUGUUAACGUGGCUCCUUUUGAGAGCUAUGCAGUAGCGCUUAAAAGCACAACUUUUAAAAGGGCCAAAACCCCACUGAAUGAGUAAGUGUCACAUUUCAAUCUCAUAACAUCACUAAGUUAAAACUGGGCACGUGGGGAAAGCAUCCCAGUACACAGACCAUCCAAUCUCAGUUGCGGAUUUGCACUUCUCUGCAAGAAAAUUUGUUGCUUCCAGAAAUUCUGAAGAGGCUAGUGCCUACGAUGGAAGAGAUGGUUCACUCCAGUAAGCCUCAAACAGGGGUGCCAACUUGAAUAAAACACAGCCCCGCCCUGCAUAAUCAAUCACAUCACGUGGCACGCACACACCAUUUGAAUGGCAACUGGGGCGGGCAUCCCCCUCAAAUAUUUUAUUGGGGGAGGCAAAGGAACCUCGGCCCCCAGGAGUUGGCUCCUAUAGUCUGGAGCAUUUAGAUGAAAAGCAACCUUACUAUGUAUAUGGUUCAGUCCACAGCUGGUUGAUAGCAUCUCUAACGAGGAAGUGCUCGCUACCUGUUGGAAGUGUAAGAGUUUUGUCGACCCUUCCCCCUGCCAAAAAGAAAAAAGAUAAGGCACCUUCUAUACUGUAAGAUGGCAUCGCUUGUAAGUUUCGUUUUUGAAAGAUGCUCACAAAGUUUUACAUCUUGCAUGUUUCAGACAGCUGUGGCGCAGAAACUCAUAGUGUGCGGACUCUCCUUGUUGUUUCAUAUGACUGUUAGCAAAACUUUGCCUGUAGAGUACAACAUCGAUGAACAUUUCCAAGCAACAGCUUCGCUGCCUACAAGGGUUAUCUACUUGUACCUGUCUCUUAUGGCUGCCAGACCUAAAUACUACUUUGCGUGGACGUUGGGUAAGUAGACUUUUUUUUUAAAAAAAAGAAUGUUCUUGCGCCAAGCUGUGUCAUGUUGCAUAGUUUGCAGAAUAUGUUUGAGACACUGCCCUCCUGUGGAUGGUGAAAGAACUAUGGAUUCUUUUGCAAGGCAGUAGGAGGACCUUAUUUAACAAUAUUUCUGUAGUGAUUAGAUUGAAAUAAAUCUGAAACAGGUUUAGAAAAGUAAAAAAAAAAGGCAUUCAUAUAUAAAACUGGGCUUUCAUAAGAAGCAAUAAAUGAAAUGAUUUGCUAGCCAUUAGCAAUUUAUUUCAACUGGAUUGCAGCUUUAAGAUGUUGCAUGUCAGCUAUAAAGUUGGGGGGGUGAUGUAUGAAACAUUAUUUUAAAGAGAGAGAGGAGUGUGAUUGCUUUGAUUCUCUUCAUUUAUUGUAACAUAUAUUAUGAGGCUGUCUUUUGAGAACCAAUGAUUCUCUUCAUUUGUGGUGAAAUAGAGACAGCAGUUUCCUCUUCUGCUCCAGAAGUUAAAUUAUUUAACCCAUUCGUUUUAGGAUUGCUUUUGCCAAGUGCAGUUCAUUGUGAAUGAUCCCUAGGCUUUGUAUGUGUAUGUGUGCACCUGCACCUGCAUUUAAGCUUUAAAUGCAAGCGUCACAGACUGUGCUUUUUGCAUUUCAUUACCGCUUACCCCCACUGUUCGCAGUAGCUUCCCUGCUAUAUCCACGUGGGUGUAAUCCCGCCAGCUAAAAAAAGCCACUUUAUGCAUCCAAUGAAGUGCACUCUGCUCUCUAGUCCAUAAAAGCUUGGGCCAUAAUAAAUGUGUUAAGUCUUUAAGGCUCCAUGAGACUCUGUGUUGUGUUUUACUUCACCCAAGCAUUUUUCAUCAUUAGAAUAAUUUACUUACUUUGGUACCUGCAUUUCACAAUAAAUGGUCAUUAUAUUUAUACAGCUCUUUUAAAAAUAGGUGUGUGCGUCUCUCUGUGUGUGUUGAAAGCAGUAAUUAAAAGCAGUUGAUUUCAAAACAGCAACAUUUCCGCCCCCCCCCCCGAUUAGGUGUACAGUGGUACCUCAGGUUAAGUACUUAAUUCGUUCCGGAGGUCUGUUCUUAACUUGAAACCGUUCUUAACCUGAAACACCACUUUAGCUAAUGGGGCCUCCUGCUGCCGUGCUGCCGGAGCACGAUUUCUGUUCUCAUCCUGAAGCAAAGUUCUUAACCCGAGGUACUAUUUCUGGGUUAGCGGAGUCUGUAACCUGAAGCGUAUGUAACCUGAUGCGUAUGUAACCCGAGGUACCACUGUACCUUCAUAUCAGCCAGCAAGGCAAGUUUUAUGUUAACUUUGCAUUUAGUCAUUUAGAAUAUAGCAAUAGAUUAUCUAUAAUUCUGACGGAAAAGUUUUAUUUAUGCCAAUGAGGGAGGAAAAGAGAGACUUACUUGCUUUUGAUAGUGAUGUAUAUUAUGACAAGAGAGCCAGUAGGGGUCAGAAGCAUCACAAAGUUUUAUAGCUGUGAUUGAUGGCAAAUAGUAUUGUUAUGGGAGCUGUUGUCACUACAGUUGUAGAAAGUAUACCACAUUUGUGGUGGCAGAAGAUGUCAAUGAUGGCUGGGAGUUUGUUAAGAGGGAGAUAGUAAAAGCACAACUUCAGGCAAUGCCAAUGAGACGGAAACAUGGAAGGUGCCUAAAGAAGCCAGGGUGGCUAUCUAAAGAACUUUUAACUGAGUUAAGAUUAAAAAAGGAUGUGUACAAAAAAUGGAAAAGGGGGGAAACCACCAAAGAGGAAUUCAAACAAAUAGCCAGCACGUGUAGACACAAAGUCAGAAAAGCUAAAGCACAGAAUGAACUCAGGCUUGCUAGAGAGGUUAAAAGCAACAAAAAGGCUUUUAUGGGUAUGUUCGUAGCAAAAGGAAGAACAAAGAAACAGUGGGGUCACUCAGAGGAGAAGAUGGUGAAAUGCAAACAGGGGACACAGAAAGGGCUGAACUCCUCAAUGCCUUCUUUGCCUCAGUCUUCUCCGAUAAAGAAAACAAUGCCCGACCUGAAGAAUUUGGAGCAAAUGAUUCAGCAGAGGAAACACAGCCCAGAAUAACUAAGGAGAUAGUACAAGAAUACUUGGCUAGUUUAGAUGUAUUCAAGUCUCCAGGGCCAGAUGAACUGCAUCCAAGAGUAUUAAAAGAACUGGCAGAUGUGAUCUCAGAACCACUGGCAGUCAUCUUUGAGAAUUCCCGGAGAACAGGCGAAGUUCCGGCAGACUGGAGGAGGGCAAAUGUUGUCCCUAUUUUCAAAAAGGGGAAAAGAGAGGACCCAAAUAAUUACCGCCCAGUCAGUCUGACAUCAACACCAGGGAAGAUUCUGGAGCAGAUCAUUAAGCAAACAGUCUGUGAGCACUUAGAAAGGAAUGCUGUAAUCACCAAUAGUCAGCACGGAUUUCUGAAAAAUAAGUCAUGUCAGACUAACCUGAUCUCGUUUUUUGACAGAAUUACAAGCCUGGUAGAUGAAGGGAACGCAGUGGAUGUAGCCUACCUUGAUUUCAGCAAGGCAUUUGACAAGGUGCCCCAUGAUAUUCUUGUAAAGAAGUUGGUAAAAUGCGGUCUUGACUAUGCUACCACUCAGUGGAUUUGUAACUGGCUGACUGACCGAACCCAAAGGGUGCUCAUCAAUGGUUCCUCUUCAUCCUGGAGAAGAGUGACUAGUGGGGUGCCAUAGGGUUCUGUCUUGGGCCCGGUCUUAUUCAACAUCUUUAUCAACGACUUGGAUGAUGGACUCAAGGGCAUCCUGAUCAAAUUUGCAGAUGACACCAAACUGGGAGGGGUGGCUAACACCCCAGAGGACAGGAUCACACUUCAAAACGACCUUGACAGAUUAGAGAACUGGGCCAAAACAAACAAGAUGAAUUUUAACAGGGAGAAAUGUAAAGUAUUGCACUUGGGCAAAAAAAUGAGAGGCACAAAUACAAGAUGGGUGACACCUGGCUUGAGAGCAGUACAUGUGAAAAGGAUCUAGGAGUCUUGGCUGACCACAAACUUGACAUGAGCCAACAGUGUGACGCGGCAGCUAAAAAAGCCAAUGCAAUUCUGGGCUGCAUCAAUAGGAGUAUAGCAUCUAGAUCAAGGGAAGUAAUAGUGCCACUGUAUUCUGCUCUGGUCAGACCUCACCUGGAGUACUGUGUCCAGUUCUGGGCACCACAGUUCAAGAAGGACACUGACAAACUGGAACGUGUCCAGAGGAGGGCAACCAAAAUGGUCCAAGGCCUGGAAACGAUGCCUUAUGAGGAACGGCUAAGGGAGCUGGGCAUGUUUAGCCUGGAGAAGAGGAGGUUAAGGGGUGAUAUGAUAGCCAUGUUCAAAUAUAUAAAAGGAUGUCACAUAGAGGAGGGAGAAAGGUUGUUUUCUGCUGCUCCAGAGAAGCGGACACGGAGCAAUGGAUCCAAACUACAAGAAAGAAGAUUCCACCUAAACAUUAGGAAGAACUUCCUGACAGUAAGAGCUGUUCGACAGUGGAAUUUGCUGCCAAGGAGUGUGGUGGAGUCUCCUUCUUUGGAGGUCUUUAAGCAGAGGCUUGACAACCAUAUGUCAGGAGUGCUCUGAUGGUGUUUCCUGCUCGGCAGGGGGUUGGACUCGAUGGCCCUUGUGGUCUCUUCCAACUCUAUGAUUCUAUGAUUCUAAGUGACACAUUUUUCUUUCCUUUAGGUGUUUGUAUUGAGGAAUAGUUCAUUUUUGUUUGGCUAUUAAGCAAAAAGAAAUAAGUAAGGUUUUCUCUCAUUUCCAUUGCAUCUGAAGCAUAUGAUUAAGAUUUUAGUGUGACUACAAAAGCACAAUACACUUAUAACAUUAAAUUAUCACCAAAGCCCACAUUAUACCAAGAAGUCCAUACUUUAUUAGUUAGGCGUGUGCAUGAAAUGAGAGCAUCUUCUCAGACUGGCAGAGAAUUUUUUUUUAUUACCUUUUCCCUUCUCAUUUGACUGAAACUUCUUUUAUUGCAACUUUGAAAAGUGUUUUAGAUGUCUUGCAUCAUCUAUCUGGUCAAACCAGCCUUGUCGGGGACUUGGCUUUUCAUUGAAAAUUGUGACCGGCGUUACGAAAGCUUCUAAGUAGACAUUUCAAACUUAAAAACGCGAAAGAAGCCGAAAUGUAAAUCUCAUUUUAUAUGAUUUUUAAGCUUCUUGCAAAUUAUUCCCUUCUUUCUUUGCAGCAGAUGCAAUUAAUAAUGCAGCUGGGUUUGGAUUUAGAGGAUAUGAUAAAAAUGGACUCUCGCACUGGGAUGCAAUUUCAAAUCUAAGAAUUCUUCAUAUAGAGGUUGGUAUAUGGAUCUUCUGAAAAUGUUAAUGGAAAAUGUUGAAAGUUGGAUUUGUAUCGGGCCUUUUCUGGUAGAACUUUAGUAAUGAGAUAAGUGUAACGUGAGACGGGAAUGGAAGAAUUCCAGUUGCCACUGGUGCAUUAAACUCAAUUAUGGAGACUAGCAUUCAGGUUGCUAAAAUGAGCAGCUUUGUCACAUUCCUCCUGUUGGGUUACUAGCCAUCUUGCUCCCGCUGUCUCCUCCUUAUGUUCCAUUUCCUCUACUGGAAAUGAGGACUUGCAUUCUCCCUUUAUGAAAAGAGAAGAAGCUGAAUUGCCUCCUUUCUUCCCAUGUGAAGAAAAGGAGCAUUGCUUAUGUAGAGGAAGUCUUCCCAUCCUACGUAGUAGAUGGUGCCGGUCCAUUGCUUUGAAUGGAGCACAUCAAAGAGAAGGAAACAAGUGAUGGAACUUCUGCCACUUUUUAGGUGCCUGUGUAUAGUGAAAAGUUCAGCCCCGGCCAACAUUUCCAGGUUUUCAAUUUAGAAUCCUCAUUACUGCACUUUCAGAAUUCUGUUUCUUGAACAGAAUUUUGUUGUAGAGGGUCAGGGCUGAAAGAAGAGAUUUUUUAUUUUAUUUUGGGGGCCAGCUGUACACGUUUGUCUCCUCAAAUGGCAGGUCCCCAAGCCACUUUCUUGAGUUAAGCUCUUGGAGGAUAACAGUUGCUGCAGUAUUCAGCAGUUUCUAACCUCAGGCAAGAGUGACAUAAGGAAUAUCCACUGCUGAUCAUGCCUAAAUUGUGUGGGUGUGGGUGUGACGGGCAGCACUCUUUUAAACUCUUGUUUGCCCAGUGGCACUAUAAGAGAGGCAUAGCCUAAAUAUACUUAGACAAACCUUGAGACAAACCCUUCCACAUCCUGCGGCACUUGCUAUAGGGGUGUCUGUGUUUGUUGUGGAAGGGGCACACUUGGCAAUCCAUCCCCACUGUGAGUCAUGAAAUGCUCCUGGUAUAAUGAGCGCACCUUCGACAGUGUAGCCUCUUCAUCUCUGUUUCCAUAUGGUGGAGCCAGUCAGUGUAGCAUGCGACAUGUCUAGGUGAUUGUCAGCCACAACAUUUCGAAACGCAGCCAAGAUGGCUCAAAGUAGAUUAUACUUUUGUCCCCACCCUUGAAAGAAACCUUUUUCAUUUGCCCAUCAAUACAUAUUGCAUAAUACAUACCUCCUUCUUCUUCUGCGAUCACUCGUAGCCAAGUAAGGUUGUAACUAAUGCAUAUCAAUACAUACUGCAUAAGGGACGCGGGUGGCGCUGUGGUCUACACCACUGAGCCUCUUCGGCUUGCCAAUCAGAAGGUCAGCAGUUCGAAUCCCCACAACGGGAUGAGCUCCCGUUGCUCUGUCCCAGCUCCUGCCAACAUAGCAGUUCGAAAGCAUGCCAGUGCAAGUAGAUAAAUAGGUACUGCUGCGGCAGGAAGGUGAAUGGUGUUUCCAUGCACUCUGGUUUCCGUCACAGUGUCCCGUUGCGCCAGAAGUGGUUUAGUCAUGCUGGCCACAUGACCUGGAAAGCUGUCUGUGGACAAACACUGGCUCCCUCGGCCUGAAAGCGAGAUGAGUGCAGCAACCCCAUAAUCACCUGUGGCUGGACUUCACCGUCCAGGGGUUCUUUACCUUUUUACUUUAUCUUAUUUCAUAAUAAUAUGAUCUCUUUUAAACCCUAAGUAAUGACAUAAUGAUUACCUCUGCUUUACAGAAAUACAAUAACGGUGUGUUAAUUUUACAGUUCUCAACAAGUUUCAAGAUGUUUCUUGAUAACUGGAAUAUCCAGACAGCUCUUUGGCUGAAAAGGUACUAUCUGUUAUCUAUUUUUUUUCUUACAAGCCUGUCGUAAAAAGAGUCAUGUUAUGCCAUUCCUAAGAUGCCAAAAGCACCAGACACAUUGUUUACUGGCCUUGGCGAAUGCAGGAGAAAAUGGGUGGCCUUUGACUAAAACCUUGUCUCCUAAGAGACAUUUUAUCAGAUGAUUUGUGUGUUCAUUGGGGGCUGGGACUCAGUGCACAGAGUCCCUUCUAAGUUUGAAACUGCCAAUGAUAAAUACAUUAAGUUAUUUCUGCUAGGCUUUAUUUUUUUUUUUUUUUUUUGCUGAGCUUCACUUCCUCCUGUUUUUAAUAAAUGUAUUUUUCCUUGGAUUUUUAGAGUAUGUUAUGAACGGGCCUCCUUCAGUCCAACAAUACAAACCUUUAUCUUGUCAGCCAUUUGGCAUGGGGUAUAUCCAGGAUAUUAUUUAACAUUCUUAACAGGAGUACUAAUGACAAUGGCAGCACGAACUGUAAGUACCGCUGCCUCUCUGCUCUUGCCAAAGAAUUGUGCGGAUUCAAUGCGGCUCUUAACGUUUACAUUCAAAACCUUAAAUUUGUAGGAGGGAGGAAAAUAUCUGCUUUUUUUAAAAAAGGCAUUUUGUAGUCCACUUCCAUAUUUUUGACUGAAUUAACCAACCAAAGCACCAGUGUCUGAGUAAUAUAAGUGAAUAAUUGUGUGGUGCUUCUUCAAACUUGAAGUGGCAGAACAUGGAAAUUAUUACUCUGUUUCCAUCAUUGUAGAGGAAAAGCAUCAAUGAAUGACUAAUUCAGGAUGACCUUGAGCCUCUUUGGUGGUUGCCAGAUGGUUGCCUCACCUUCUUUAAUGAUAGAACAGUUGCUGGGAGUAAUGUUUGGAACAAUUUAUUUGACAAAGGUCAGCUAGAAUGUAUGUCUUUAUCAGCAACUGCGCAUGACAUUGAUGCAUUUAAUGCAUUCAACAACUAGUCAACCCCUCUGCUGGGAGAUGGUGGUAAUCAGGAUUGGAACCCUGGCAGACAGGAAAGGGACAUUUAACCCUUUCUGUUUGAUGUAUUACAGUAUUUUAAUAUUUUUUUGGAAGCCGCCCAGAGUGGCUGGGGAAGCCCAGCCAGAUGGGUGGGGUAUAAAUAAUAAAUUAUUAUUAUUAUUAUUAUUCUCCCCACAAACUGUGACCCCAAGCUACUGCUUCUCCAUGAAGAGAACACAUUUAAAAUAACAUCCAGUGGGCAGUCUUGUCAGGAUUGGUUUUGGGGAUAUAAUUAGUCCUGAAAGGACUAGGGAAUAGGAGCUUUGGGAAACUGGCAAUAAAACUACCAGAGGGUUGCCAAGUCAUAAGCAAUCACAGUGGGUCACUUAAUAAGAACAGCUCUUCCAUAAAUUAAAAACAUCCAGAGUCAAAGCCAGAGAUGCUUGUGUAAAGCUGGGAGCAUAGUGCAGGAAGAUGGGAAACUGAGGAGGUGGUAGGUGAAGAAAUUUGAAUGUCUGUUCCCAGCAAGAGACAGUAACAAGCAGACAAAUGCACUGUUUUUACCUAUUCCAGAAAGAGGCCAAGAACUGAUCAGGAAAUUUAUUACAGCCAGCUAGGGGUGGGGCGGUGGCGCUCACCUGACGUCUGGCCACCCAUGUUACUUACUGCAUACUGGGAUAGAGGGGAGGAGGGGUGAGGUCAGUGCUGUGAAACAUGUCUGCAGCAGUGCUGGAUUGGCUCCACUGGUGCAUUUGCAUGGCCCCGCCCUCUGCUUUCGCCCUCUCCAUCCUGGCAUGCGGUAGCGAUGCUGGUUGACUGGAGGUCAAGCGAGCACCGCCGUCCCACCCUGCUAUUGGCGGCUAGAGCAGAAAACCUAGAAGAUUCUCUAUUUGAGGGUCACGUCACAGCCAUUCAUCACAUCCUAUAUGAUUCAAUCUUAAUAAAAAUUGAAGGAUUUUACUAGAACGCAAACAAUAAUAUUAGAAAAUGGGAAGAUGACGAAGUCAAUGUAAUGUCAUUUUAAUACAGAUACAGUGGUUCCUUGGUUUGCAACUGUUUCGGAUUACAACCAUUUUGGAUUACAACCACGUCAAACCCAGAAGUGCGUGUCCCUUUUUUUGGAUUACAACCCCCCCUUUUUUUUGGAUUACAACCCACUUUUUUUUUUCAGGCUCCAUUGGCGAACGCGCGCCUUGGGUUACAACCUGUUUUGGUUUACAACCAGACCUCCGGAACGGAUUAUGGUUGUAAACCAAGGUACCACUGUAUGUAUAUUUUAAUUUUAAAAAAUACCACCUAGCAGGGGCCACACUACAGCUUUCAAUGUUAUGAAAACCUUAUUGGAUCAAUAGGUAAUCAAGGUCAACACUGUUUGCUUUCUGUAUUUUGGCUGCAUCUAGAUGUAGCUUCUUGUAACUUCUGAUGACUACCUAUUCUGUGAUGACGAUCCUGGUUCUCCUACUAAUUAUUUCCUCUCUUUUUUUGGUUUAGAUUAGAAAGAACAUUAGGCACUACUUUAUUGACUCCCCAGCCAUUAAAUUAUGUUAUGAUAUCAUGACAUGGAUGAUGACUCAAGUAGCAAUAAGUUACACGGUGGUCCCAUUUGUACUUCUCUCUGUAAAACCAUCAUACCUGUUUUACAGGUGAGUUGACACUUUGUGUUUUUAAAAAAGAUUUAAAUGGCGAGUGGAAUUAUUCAGGGGUUCUCUCUCCCUGCCCCCGAAAGCUGAACAAGUAGUAAUCUAGUCUUCAACUCCAUUUGCAGAGAAUUUCAUGUGAUACUUGAUUCUUGGUUGAGGGAUUGGGCAGAUGGGCGAGGGAAGGUUAUGGAGUUAAAGUAGAAAAUCUGAACCCAGGUAUGUUGAACAAGAAGCACCCAGUGGCCAUCAUCCACUUUUUUUCCACAAGUUUCUUAAGAAGGUGAUGGUACCAUCACAUGCUUGGAAGAAGCCUAUUAUCUGGACCCAUUCCAGUCGGAUUUCAGGCCUGGGUAUGGCACUCAAACUGCCUUGGCCGCCCUGUUCCAGUGAGCUUUGUUGGAAGAGGGACAAGGGAACUGCAGUCUUGUUUGUUGCCCUCCAGCUCUCAGAAGCUUUCAAUACUGUUGACCAUGGUACCCUUCUGCAGUGGCUCUGGGGGGCUGGGAGAUGGGGGACACUGUGUCCACAGUGAUUUCGCUGCUGCCUCAGAGGCUGAUUUCAGAGAUUAGCAAUGGAGGGACCUUAGGAGCUAACUUACAGGGUUCCCCAAGCUUUUUGACACCUAUAUAGGACAGAACAUUGGGGAAGUGUAACGAAUCCAGAGAAGAUGGAGGUUCUGAGUGUGGGAGGUUCUCAAGUCCAGGAAGUUGGGGGGCUGCCAGUUCUGGAUGGGGUUGCAUUCCCCUAGAAGGAACAGAUGCUUUGCUUGGAAUAAUCCUUGAUCCUUCUAUGCUGCUUAAGGUCUUGGUGCUUAGUAUAGCAGGCCUUCUAACAAGUAGGUCAGUGUUUAUAGCUUUGUCACAAAACACUCCCGAGUUCAAUUUGACUUAAUAUAGUUUCCUCCCCUAUUUUUCAUUAUUUUUAUUUGCUUAGUUCCUGUUACUUCUGCCUCCACAUAGCCUGCAUUUUAGUACUGUUGAUAUCUCCAUUGAAAAGAACUCAAAAAGGAAAUAAAGAGCAAGAAAGCAUCCAGCCCUCUUGGUCCAAAAAGCAGGGUCAACCUGGAGGAGGAGGAGGAGGAGGAGGAGGAGGAAGAGAUGAUGAAGAAGAAGAAAAAGGCGUCAUGGGACAUAACAGUUACUCCACGGCAAAUAAUUUCAAUCAGAAAAGAGAAAUCACCUGCAGAAAUACAACACUGAAGCAAUGAUUAGGAGAUGCUAUGAUGGAUAUAUUUUAUAUUUCGAAACCCGUUUAUAGCACCUUUUAAAAGGGGUUGUUGUAUUUGCCUGGAAAAGAUGGGUUAGUAAGGAAAGAAUGCUAUAUAUCCCUAGGGAAUAUUGAAUACACUAGUAAGAAUGGAAACAAAGCAAAUUAACCUCUCCCGUGCCAUGUUCCUGUGGAUCACGCCUUAUGUGAAAAUAUUACCAUUAUUUCAAUGGGCACUCAGGACUUGCAGCAUAUGUCCAUUGGGUCAUAGGUGUGCCCCUUUGCUGAAUGUAUGUUGCGCAUCUCAAGGCACUUACGGGGAUGGUGGGUCAUUGUGUCAAUUCAGAGUAACAGAAGGAAAAUACCUUUAACAAGCAAAUGCCUUGCCUUAAACCCUCUAUCUACUGAAAUAAUGUUUCUAAGUGGUAUUUUCAUAAUAUGUGGGAAGCAUAGUUCAAAUAUGGGGGUUUUUUGGGGGGGAAACAGAGAAAUGGAAGUAGAAAGUCAAUUAUAGCGUCUGAUAAGAAGGAAUUGCAAUAAGCAUCUCAGUAUUUGGAGGGUUUUCUUAGUAUAUCGAAUUCAUGCAGUUCAGGACUGCAAACAUUGCCAAUGCAGAAGUGGUUCAUUUGAUCAACACUCAUUAUAAGAACUCUUGGCAAAUUUCUUUUUUAAAAUCAAAAUUCACCCUUUUCAGGGUGUAAUGCUCUAGUUUUAUGGGUUCUUUUCUUUUUUGCUCUAUCAGUAUAUAUGAGUUUUGCAACUAGAUACAAAAUGGCAGCCAUAAUAAGACACUCACAGAGUUUCUGUUAAAGCCACAACUUUCCAGUAAAACUCAUCCUUUUUUGUCAUGUAGAAAUAAGAGUGACCUUAAGAUAAAGUCACUUGGAAAUUUUUGUCAGAGAUGUAAAAAAAUAAUUAAAAAAAUAGUGUGAGAAAGUGCUUAUGAUAUAAGUAUAGCCAGAUUAUAUUAUGGUUAUAAUUCAGUUUAUAUUAAACAAAGAGUGAAAUUGUUAAAUAGGUAUUGUCUAGCUCAUCUUUGACAUUAUAUAUCCUGUAACACUGGAGAACCUGUGAUUUAGGAAAUCCCUAAACCAGGAUUUCAUUCAUGGAGGGUCAUACUGUACUUUUUGAUAAAAUAUUCCCAACUGUUCUGUUCUCUAACAAUUUUAUUUUGAAACUAUAUCAAAGUUGAUAAAUAUUAAUCACUUUCUGGUGAACAUUAACAACUGCUAAAGAAUUGAAGUACUAAAGGGCUAUAAUUUUUAUUUUUCUUCUUUGCACACCAUUUUCUUCGUCUUUAGUAAAUGGGAACCAUUUUAACAUUUAAAAUGUAAAGGAAGUGCCACAGCAAAAGUAAUGAAGAUCAGAAUUGUUUCUAAAACAAUUUUAUUAUUUCCAAUAAUAUUGUAUCUCAGUAAUAGGAACCUGUGGCCCUUCAGAUCUUGUCGAACUACAACUCCCACCAGCCAUUUGCUAUGCUGGCUGGGACAGAUGAUAGAUGCAGUCCUCUAGAUGUUGUUGGACUCCCAAGUUCCUCAUCCCUCCCCUAAUACAGUAUAUAGCAGCUGACUGAAUAUUUUAAGUGAGCAGAGAAAGGUAAAAUUAGCUCUUUGCUGUUAGGGAUGUAGAAAACAAAUGCGUUUUCCACAUGUAGAAAUCUCAAAGCAUCUUAAUCCGCACAGAUUCAUAUUAAAAUCAAGAGUAAGAAAUAGGAUAUAUUUCUUGUUUAGAGUGUUCCACUUCUUUUCAUGGUCUGCCUCCAUGAUAUCCCGGGAUAGUUAGAGGCAGGUGCAUUCUGUCUAAGGAAACUGCAAACUAACGCAUGUUGUUGAUCUCAUUGUUAGAACGGAAACGCAGAAUGGAAUAUGUAUUUGAAGAUCAGGGCUUUCACGCUGACUUGUGUCAUGGAAAUGAAUAUUAGCGUUAGAAUAAAUAAACUUGUAAUAUCUUUGGAAAUUGUGCUAACACACAGCAUUAUUCCAUUAUCAUUAUACUAAAGAAAUGCAUAGAGAGAAGUUGCAAGGGAAGAGUUCCAUAUAUUGCUGAUGGGAGUUCAACACAAGAGAGGUGGCUUUUUGUGUUUCUGAGUGUGUGCACAUACCAUAGGAUCUCUGUCAGGGGAGGUAGGGUAAUCUAGUAACAGGAGGCUGGAAAUCGUUCCCCCAUCCCCAACAUUGUCCAUAGAAUCAUAGAAUUGUCGAGUUGAAGGGGACUCCAAAGGUCAUCUAGUCCAACCCACUGCAAUGCAGGGAUCUCAAGUGGAUCAUACAUGACGUGUGGCCAUCCAACCUCUGCUUAAAAACCUCCAGGGAAGGAGAGUCCACCACCUCUUGUGGGAGUCUGUUCCACUGUCAAACAACUCUUGCUGUCGGAAAAUUCUUCCUGAUGUUUAGUCAGAAUCUCCUUUCUUUUAACUUGAAGCCAUUGGUUCAGGUCCUAGCCUCCAGAGUAGGAGAAAUCAGGCUUGCUCCAUCUUCCAUGUGACAGCCCUUUAAAUAUUUGAUAUCUCCUCUCAAUCUCCUCUUAUCCAGGCUCAACAUAUGCCCAACAUCCUCAACCGUUCUUCAUAAGACUUGGUUUCCAGACCCUUGAUCAUCUUGGUUACCCUCCUAUGCACAAAUUCCAGUUUGUCAUUAUCCUUCUUAAAUUGUGGCACCCAGAACUGGACACAGGUGUGGUCUGACCAGGGCAGAAUAGAGUGGUACUAUUACUUCACUUGAUCUGGACACUGUAUUUCUGUUGGUACCGCCUAGAAUAGCAUUAGCCUUUUUUUGCCGCUGCACCACACUGUUGACUCAGGUGGAAUGCUUUAUUUUUCCCUAACAAAUGGUAGCUGUUUACUUAAAUGGGGAAAAAUAAAGGGAUGUAUUCUUAACAGCAGUAGGAGUUGACCCCCACCUCACCCUGGCUAAUCUCAGAGUUUGAGUUGGGGGCAAGCGUAUUCACCAGCUGUGUCCAAAAUGGCAGCCCAUUCUUCCCUCCCAGUAUUCAGUGGGAACCUGCUUAGUCCAUCUUGCUUAGUCCAUUCUGACUCCUGUUUCUAUACAUUAAGCUAAAGGUGAGUCUAGAUUAAAGGUUGGGGGUUAACCUAACUUUCCCACAAACACAUACACAUUGAGAAGCCAGUGUGGUGCAGUGGUUAGGGUGUUUGACUAGGACCUGGGAGAAAAGGGUUCGAAUUCCUACUUAGCCAUGAAGUUCAUUCAGUGAUCUUGGGCCAGUCACCCUCUCUUAGACUAACCUAACCUACCUCACAGAGUUGUUGUGAUGAUGAUGAUAAUAAUAUGGGGAGGGGGAGAGCCAUGUAUGCCACUUUGAGCUCCUUGGAGGAAAGGUGGGAUUUUUAUAAAAGCAUAAAUAAAUAAAGUAGGUGGCCUGAUCCUGCCCAUAGCAAUAGCAGUGGCCUCAGUUGGAACUAGAAUAGUGAAUGGGCACAGGAUCAAAGGUUCUUCUAUCCAUAUCUUACUCAUCUGUCCACCUGCUUUUCCCAACCAACUCUGACUCCAAGGACCUGAGAAGGAAGUGUGGAAUGUAUUCCAUCCACACCAAGCCAAAAGUUGCACUGAGGAUAGACGGAAGUGGAAAGGAUUAAUUCCUUAAAAUCCAGUUGUCUUCUCCACUGCCUAUUAACAUAAUACUAUGAUGCUAUUCGGAUUAUUGCAUGAAUAUUAUAGUUGCAUAAUAUCUACAUUGAUAGACACUUGCAAAUAAUAUAUUUUUGACAUCAUACAUUUGCAAACAUGAAUAUAAAGUUCUGUCCUGUGAUGCAAAAAGAAAAAAGAAAAAGGUUUAGUGCUUACGACUACUCAUAUGCACACAUACCUAGAAGUAAUCUUAUUGAAUGCAGUGGGAUUCCAACAUGCAUUGAGUUGCGCAGUGAAUACACAACUGAUUCUCUGCUUCAUUAUAUCUAGUCCUAUACUAGAUUGAAAAUUCAGCUCAAGAUAAGCAAUUAAUUGUAUGACUCUCUAGUUCUUUCAACUGUAAACAAAAUACAUUCUUAGAUGCACAUGAAUUAGGCUUCAUUAUAGCCGCAGUUGGUUCAAACUAACAGUGCAAACUAACUGAUACAUAUCUACUCAAAAGUAAGUCGGUUGAGUUUAAUGGAUUAUUCCCACGUAGGCAGUAAAGGAUUAUAGCCUUAUUCUCAAUCAAAGUAAUGAGAUUAAAGUUAAUCAGGACUUGUGGCUUAUAUGUUGCAUUCAUUUCGGUGAGAAACAACUCUUUACUCCCACUGGAUUGGAACCAGGAAUUAGAAAAAAACACACCAUUUGUCUAAUUCUAAGUGAGUUGAUAUUUUCAAAUAGUGAUUUCAGCCAGAGGAAAUCACUGCAAAGUCUUAGUAUUCCAAAUCAGCCUUUAACUUCUAAUUGCCACUCCAUAAAUUAAGUUAGGAUUCAUCUGAACCUAAUUUAUACAUGUCUCCAUUGGCUAAACGUAACUUACUAUUAUUGCCUGCCUUCUUUUUAUAUAAAGUGCAUUUACAAAUUUGCAUUCUGAAGUCAAUUCUGACUGCUUGCAAUUUAACAUGAACCUGACUUGUCCUAACAGCUACCCGUGACUCUUAAACAUUUCCAUAUAUUCUUAAAGGAAUAUACUGACACAACAGCUCCAUAGUCAGCAGAGUUUUAGCUUUAAAGGUAGGAUAUCUUAAAAGCCUUGGCAUCCAACUGAAAUUUGACACUUGUAAGUUGUUUAAGGGGUAACUGUCACUUUUGCAAAGGAUAUUUUGCUUUUGAUGAUGCAUUUUGUAGUACAUUGUUUUGAGAAACGUCGCAUUUGAACAUUGCUCUUUAAAGAAAUGAUUUGUCAAAAGACCAGAAUCCAAUCACCCAAUCUGUUCCUUUAAUAAUAAAAUGGUUAGGCUAGGAUCCAAAGAGCCACAUGCUCUCUCUUCCUACUGUUGGGCCUUGUACCCCUCCCCAAAAACACAAUCUUAAAAGUUGGGGACACCUGAAAAAGCAUAGGAACCUAGUAGGCUGCCUUGUAUCAAUACUAUUUGACCAUCAAUCUUAAUAUCAUCUACUGUGACUAGUAGCAACUUGCAAGGGGGUUGGGUAGAGAUCCUCCAUAUGUCCUUUGCAAGAUCCUUUUAAUGGGAUUAGCCCUGGAGUUUUCCAAAUGCAAAUCAGUGAGGUAUGGUUCCUCAUUCAGUUUGGUACAAAGAGCCGUAGUGCCAUGGGGGAAAUCAGGACACGCAGAUCAGUGCUUUUCUGCAUGGGGUGCCUGGACCUGGCCUCAUCUUUUAAGGUGCCACCAAACGCUUUGUUUUUGCUAAUGUAGACUAACAUGGCUACUUUACUGGAAUCCUGUCCUAGUUACUCAAGCAUAAGUGCCAUUGACGUCCAUAGGGCUACCCAUGCAUAGCAGGUGCCAGGAUCGCCUAUGUUGUAUGGCUGAAGCUCUCAUCUCUUGGAUGUCGUCAGGCUGUGUGACAUUGAAGUGGACUUUGGCUUUUGUGAGCUGGAGCUAACAAUAUUGGGAUGGUGGUAGCCUGUUGCCCCACCUUGGCAAGAGCAGUAGCUACAUAGUACCAUCCUUUGUUAGAUGACUGGCCUCAAAGGUUUCUAAGCCGUUGUCUUAAAAGUUGAGCCAUUUCCCAUGCUAUUAAUUGGUUCUGGUAGGUUUUUGCUCUCGUUCCUGCUAAGGUUAUAGGAAACUAUGUGUGGUCUCAAGGCUCACACUUUGAAGCCUGGCAUUAAGCAAACCCACACACUUCAGAUUUAGUAUUUGCAGUUUCUUGCUCUUUUGUUUUUAUUUUGGAUGACGUUCACUGCAAAUAUUCAUUCAGCCACUGAUGUCUACUAUAUCUGGGCAACCUGCUGUGUGAGCAACAAUAGAGUAUUGGAAUCCUUUUCCAAAGGAAGAAGUUGGUUGCUUUCAGACGAGUGGCUGUUUUUUAAAACCCUGAAACAGUGGGCUGCAUCCAAUCUUGCCUGAGCAGAUUUCUAAUGGUGCAGUGGGACUUUCUUGCUCCCAUCUUCCCACAGAAUCCCGAGAAUUCUCUCUGGGAGAUCAGGGGACCCUCGGGAAAGGCCUGAGAUGGGAUGGGAUGGGAAGUUGCAGUGGGAUGUUGAAUUUUGUGCCAGCUGCCUCCCAAUUUUAGGCAACCCCUCUCCUCUUGCUAGAUCUCAGGCCUUGUCUGAGGGCCCCUCUUCGCAGAAGAGGCUUUUUAGAGGGGGCUGUGGUGGAAUAGAAGGGACGGGAAAGUGCUGUUGCGCAAGCACAUUUCCACUUGUGCGACUUUCCGUACCACUUCCUGAUACUUUAACCCUGGUAUGUGACUUCGAUCCUGGACCCACUUGAAAAUACUGGAAGCUCUCUUUCUACCCUUUUAUUCAGCCCCACUGUCCUGCCCGUCUGGGGAAAAAAACUGCUGUUACUUUUGGCAUUUACUCAGGUGAGCCUCUUUGGCUUCAUCGUCUGGUUCGCUGUUGCUACAAGACACGUCGGGCUCAUUUGGGCUCUUGUAUUCCCACUUAACAUGCGAGAUGUGCUGCCUCCACCUGUAGAUGACUCAGAACUUCGUUUAGCUGUGCAUAUCAGCACUUAGACCAGAAAAGGUUUUAUAAAAGGAGCAUUUGCCUACACUUUUUGUUGUUGUCGUUGCCUUGAAUGUAUUUUGUCAGGUUCUUAAUGUUUAAUGACGGUCUCAUUUCAUACCUUUGUUUUCAAUGUUCAUUGAUUUUGACUCUCUUUGAAGUCUUUGGAUGUGUCUUACAGUGGCAAAAAUGUCAUGCAAAUACAGUAGUAUGUAGAGAGUUAUUCUUGAAACAGACCUCAAGCAGAUGCUAGCUCAGAGAGAAAUUUCUAUAUGUGUAUUGAAAGGAAACUAGCACCCCGAUUCAUGAUAAUUAAAAUAAUAUAAAAUUAUUCAAUAUAGGAAUAUAAAUAUGAAAUUUAGCUAUUUCUUACCUGGCCACAUAUUGAAGGGGUCUAUUCUUAGCUCAAUGCAGAGAUAGUUAUGCUCCCCUCCCUCCUCAGAUAAUCUGCUUUUUGAGAUGAGAAUAUGCUUCAAAAGUGGAUAGUUGCAGUAUUUCCUCAAUUUGCCUUCCCUGAUUGAAAAUAUAAAGGCAUUGCCCAUGAGUUUCAUUUUUAUUAUUCCAAUAUAUAUAUAUAAAUAUAUUUUUAAAAAAUUGUUAUUUUUCAACAGAUCCAUAAAAUUAGGUCUUGGUGUAUGG